GGUCUUGAUGAAGGCAACAUGGCGGUUUGUUUUGGCUAAUGGCUGUUUUGGUAAUGGCCGCACUGUCCCUAAAUUUUAGACAACAAUUGGGCCUCAGUUUGAUUCUGUUAUGAAGCUUUUGCGCUGAGCAAUGAUAUAACUGCGAUAUAAAGCCGCAAGGAAGCUGACCAUGGUAUGUUAUCAUUGAUAAAGGCGUCCGUGCCGCGCUGUAUUGAAUUAAUGUUGUUUUUUUGUUCAGUAAAGCCAAUUUCCAAUCUAUGCAGCAAGUCAUAAUGCACUAAUAUUUGGACAUACUUUUAAGAUUCGCCUUUGCGCGUUGAACGAUGAUUCAAGUGAGGAAAGCGAGCCUGAACCCACUCAGGAAAGUCUCAAGCAAGCCAAGGUAUGUAGGUUGUCACGUGUUAACUGUUUCAUUCCGGGGGUAUUCCCAUAUAAAGUGACAGGAUGCUCGUGGUCUCACUUAGGGUGUUCGGAAGGGAAUGCCAUUGUUUUUAGCUGUAAAGGUAUCACUUAUAAACAUGUCACUGGCCUCCCUCCACGGGGUGGGACCCUGGGCCAACAAGGGGGAUGGUAAAAUGGGUGAUGCAAAGUUGACAACCCCCUGAAGAAGUUGGAAACAUGAUUAGUCAACGUUUUCUCAUACAUGUACAUCUCCAUUUGUCUUGUUUUAUUAAAUUGGGAGCAAAAAUAUUAAUUUACUGUUAUUGCUUUGUGUAGAGACGAAGUUUACACUUAGAUAGGUGGGCGAUAAAGAAAAUGUGGUAGAAGGUUCUUGUUUAUUGCAGGAAUCUGAAGCUUUGGAACUUUACAACAAAGGACUUGCCUUGCAACAAAGAGGGGAUUAUUCAGCAGCCGAAGAGGCUUAUGAUAAGUUGUUGAACUCUGCUUUGGUCAAAGAGGUAACACACAGCUGCAUCAAUGCUCUUUUGUCCUUUUAUUUACGGCAUCUACUGUAUACAUCCAGGGUCUGAAAUUUCGCCUUCCUGGUCGCCAAUGCGACCAAAAAUUCAGUUCUAGCGACCAGAAUUUCAUAGUUGGUCGCCAGCUGGCGACUCGUAAAGCUGGUUGUCGUUGUAGACUUUCACGUUUGGAGAAAAUGAUUAAGAAUUGAAACCUUGAAGCUGUUUUGCCAACAGGUGUCUUACUUUUCGUCCUGCGGAUAUUUUUUUAAUUUAAAAGUGAAAUGAAUCUGCUUGUUAAUACACCUCCACAACAGCUAUGAUCAAUACGAGUUGAACGUUUCCGAGCCGCCAAGGGAAAUUUUUGGUGACCACAAUUUGCCCCCUGGCGACCAAAAAUUUAUACUUGCUCACCAGCUGGCGCCCAUAUUAAAAAAUUAAUUUCGGACCCUGACAUCAUGCAGCCUGUACAUGUAAGUUCUCAAUUGUGUUGAUUUGAAUCAACUAUGCCGGUAUUUUAAAAUUGAAAGAUGACCAUUAUGCACAAAUUGUGUUAAUAUUGGGACUUAUUCAUUAAGAAUAAAGAUAAUUCAUUGAGAAUAAAGAUACUGAUAAUGAUAUUAUGUGGUUCCAUUGUAUUCAUAUCCACCUCAUGGAAGGUCAUUGGAAAUUCAGACUGUAGGGGGGUCUUGUGGGUCUUAAUUUAUAAAUGAAAGUCUAAAACUACUGUAAACUGUAGAUGGGGAUUUCUUGAGGGGUGGUUGGGGAGGAACAAUUUGAAACAACCCGCCAUGGGAUUACAAGUUGCAGUAUGGAUGUUUUCCAGAACAACACUUUUUCAUACAACAGGCUCCACCUCCAGAUGAAGAAUCAGGUGUGGUUGAGCCUGGCCAUGUAUUAAAAUAUUCUGCAUACAAAAACUUGGCUUCACUGGCAGAGAAAAGAGGUCAAUGGGAGAAAUCCAUUGAUGCUUAUCUUCAGGUGGGUGCAUGUGCAUUUAAACAUGUACAGUCAACUCCCUUUAUAGCGGACACUGUAGGGACCUUAAGUUAGUGUCCUCUGUAGCGAGAGUCCGUAAUAGCGGGUGUUUAUUUCAGUCAAACGUCUGUAAUUUAUUUUUGCCUGGAAUUUAUCUGCUGUUCGUAUUAUCGGGGUGUCCGUUAUAGCGGGGUGUCCACAAGGCGAGAGUUGACUGUACAUGUAAACUGUACAAUAUAAACCAUAUAAUGGAUCUGGUUUUAUUAUAAACUUUGUUCACCUUAUUAAUGCAAAUUUAGAAAAUUUACGUUAAUUUGAGUCACAUUAAUUUUUGUAAUUGUUUUUUUUCUGUGCCAUUAAUUAAGUGGAGUGUUAAUUAAGUGUCACCUUCAUUUCCAUUAUUUUGGCCCCAAAUUCUUGAUACACUUUUGAUAUUCUUGACAUCUAAGAAAGAGGAGUUAAUUCAUUAACAUAUCUGAAAAUUUAUUAUGAACUGCAAUAGAAUAAAAAUUAUUACAUGUAUAUUGAAAAGCCAAAAAGGCAAGAUUAUACUGAUAAUAAUAAGAGAAUAUACUGGCAACAGGAUUUUUGUUUAGUUACACUUUACUAGGCUGUAUGUUCUUGGAUGCCCUGUCUGUUAUAUGGGUUAGGGUCGAGUCAGCUUUACUUGUUAUUCCACCCAACUACAAGUCUGUUUAAAUCAAAUAUUUCUCAUAAGUACCUGACCAUAUGGUGUUAACAUUUGGUCAUGCCAUUUUGCAGGCUGUAGCACUGGAUGAUUCUGACGUGACUGUGUGGUAUCAUCUUGGAGUAGUAGCAAUGAAAACCUUUGAUCUCUGUUUGGCCCGACAUUCAUUUGAGGAGGUCUGACAGAAUAUGUAGUUUGCUAAUUAGGAUAACUAUUGCGAGCCUCUAAAGUAUUACUUUCUCUCUCGCACUAUACACAAUGCGUGCAAUAUACAACAUGUACAUUGUUUGUUCCUUUCAUGUAACACUUGUUCCUACAGCUCUAGUGCAAACUUGGGGCUAGCCGGAUUUAAUAUUUUGUGAAUAACAGCUUCAACAUUUAUUCUGGUCUUUGUUCAUUCUAUGCUGCUCAUGUACAAUGUACAAGUACAUUUGCAAAUUCCUAGUACUGUAAUGUAUUCUAUACUGUGCUGGGAUAAUAAUGAAUUGUUUUCUUCAGGGUUUGAAAUGCAAUUCCAAGCACUGGCCUUGUUUGGAUCUUCUCUGCACUGUGUUGUAUGCUGUUGGAGAUUACUACAGUAAGUGUAGACUGACAGGAACCCUCCACUUUUUUUACCCUUAAGAUAUAAAAAUGGCCAACUUUUAAAUAAUUUCUCUUCUUCUUGAUAUAAAUUGCAAUUUAUUGACUGUCUAAGAUUCAUUUAAAAGGCCUAGACUGUUCAACAAAUUCUCCUCUUUAGCAUGUAAAAUGUACUGAUAUUGUUAAAAGAUAUUUCUUUUGAUAUUAUAGUAGGUCAAAGCAUUGAAAACAUCUUUUUUGGUAGUUUCCAUUGCAGUUGCAUUUAUUUUUACCUUACAGCAUGCCUUGUGAUGAUAUCAAAGGCCUUUGAUAGAGAUGAAGAGUAUCCAAAAGGUACAGUGUAAUAUUAACUGCAUUGAGGUCAUAGAUUGUGUGUUUGAGGUGGGGGGGAUUAAGGACAUUUAAAGGAAAGUACAGUCAACUUCCCGGUAACUCGAACCCUCUAUAACUCGAACCUCCCGUUAACUCGAAGUAAUUUCAUUUCCCUUCAGAUCAUUUUCCAUAUAAUUUUACCCUAGAUAGCAGGAACUCCCGCUAACUUGAACUUUUUUCUAUUUCCCUUGAAGGUUCCGACUGUACAGGUAUAAACCAGUGUUUGUGUAGGGGGCGGAGGAAAGAGUAAUAAAAUUUUCUGUAGAAGCUAUACACAUUUGGAUAAUAAAUGAGACAACAUAAAUGCUUUAUGAAUUUAAAUUCCUUUCUAACUGCUUUUAUUUAUUUUUGUCAGGACUGGCCUUAAAGAAUCAAAUCUUUUCUGAGGAACCUGCCCUUAGGAGAGAAACACAACACUUAAGGUAGCAACUACAGAAGAGUGCAAUGGACUUGGUUCAAAAAGGGUUGGAUGACAAAUUCUCCUUUAAAAUUAAAAUUUCAGCGGUAGUUUAAUUGAGUUCACUUUGGUAUACACGGAGGGUGUUGAUUUUUUAAUGCAGUUACCAGUAUUUGAAAUCGAGGUAAUGACACACAAACCAGGGGAAAUGUUUUGAGCAAUUUUUUUGUAAUGUGCACAUUUAUUUGGUAACCUUGCGGCACUUUUAAAAAUGUAAAUCAAUUAAAAUAAAUCAACCGGGGUAAUUUUUGCCUUGAGGUCUUUAUGUAAAUAGUUUCAUUGAACUUAUAUAGUACAGAUGUACUUCAUUACAAAAAAAAGACAUUUAGUAACAUUUAGUAACAUUUUUAACAUUUUCAUAUAUCUUUGGGAUUGCCCAUUUCUUUUGAUAGAGUCCCAUUAAUGUUGAGUUUGUUUGUACAGGAGCUUGUUUAUGUGCAGUUUGAUGAAUGAUGAGGAGGAUCAGAGGGAAGAAAUAAAGGUAGUGAAAGAGUGAUUAUAAAGAUGAUGAUAUUAACAGUAAUGAUAAUGAUAAUGAUUACAAUGAUGUUAACAGUGGGAAGGAUAUUAAUGUUCCUUAUGUCAUGACACCAUGCAGAUGGACAUUCCGCGGAAAGACACAAUGCGAAGACUAUUGUAGGUCCAUACCCAAGAUUAUCCGCAAGUCUCUUGGAUGCUGUACAAAUCUCCCAAUGCAUGUUAUUUGGGGACUGGGUUGAUCUUUGAUUAUGUGGUGGUGGGGAUGGGGGUGGGUGGGGACAUUGGUGUUGGAGGAGGGUACUGGAAAAGAGAUUGUCUUUAGAAUAUUUAGAUCUCCAUGGGUUAGCAUGUCUGUGGACCAGCUCCUUUGGAAAGCAAAUCAGGCAGUUUUUUUAGUGAAAAGUAUAGUGUAGAGUGUAGUUAUACAUAAGUGUACUAAAAGCGUACUCUUUCUCUCAGUGUUAUGAGCUCAAUGUGACUUCAGUUCAAGUUAAUGAAAACUGUGACUUGAAAGAUUCUAUCAUCUUACUGAUAAGCUUGCAAAUUAUCUUAUUUUUUCUAUCAAACAGUUUGUGAAAGAAGCGCUUCAUCUGAGAGAGGAGAGGCUAAAGCUUGUUGAGGCAGACAGAGCCAUGCCUCCUUCCUAUUCACCUGUCAAACCCCUAACAUCACAUACGUAAGAGCUUAGUUUUGGAUGACCUUGUACACAAUCUUUGAGGCAAAAAAAAUUCUGCACUGUAUACUGUUAAAAGAGGCACCAAAGAGUGAACAUGCAUCAAAUAGUUAACACUCACAUUGUAUUUUAAGAUGGUUUUUUCCUGGCACCAUUGGGUUAUUCUCUAAUAAAUGGUAGCCCUUUGUAAAGACAUCACAGGAAGUGAAUGACGUACUUGAAAUGUGUUCUGAUUUUCUUUUCUUUUCUGUGUCUUUUUUGUUACUUCCUGAAAGAUGGGCAAGCCUUGGUGAAUGCUUCAUUGCUCUGUAUGAUCACCUCACAUCCCAGGAUAAUCCCCAGGUAAAAGCUUGUUUUGUUGAGUGACUGUUAAGUGACUUGUGUCUUGGUAACGUACAUUAAAAUACAUGAAAAGUUUAGAUGUUUAUGUGACAGGUCAAAACUAUAUUUGACAAGGUCAAAAUGUUUUAACCUAGGUUGACUCUCAAUUUCUUUUGUCUCUUAGACCUAAUUCAUGAAUAAAUAAGGCUAGGCGAAAAAGAGAAUUGAGAAUAAAUUUAGGUUAAAAAAUUUUAACCAGAAUUUAAUUUUGACCUGUAGCAUUUACAUUGAAUAAAAUUAAUGUAGCACUCCAAAUAUAAAGAAAGCUAAAUUCAAUCUCACAGCUCUUCAGCGGGUUUUUCAAAGCUGGGUUAAGAUAACCCAGGGGUACAUUACUUGUCCUUUCAGAUACAUUAUGUAUAAAUGCUUAACAAACAAAUUCAGUUUAAUUCUUUUUGUCUACAAUUUAAUGAUUGGAUUCUUUAAAAAGAUUAGAGGCAAUUAUCUGAGAAAAUUCUUUUGAACAAAAGGAAGUGAAACCCAGGUUAAAAUUUAACACUUUCAGUUGCACACUACUUGAAAAUUAUCUCAAUAACAUUUUAAGAUCAAUGUAAAUUAUUAUUUGUCUCCCUCAUUAGGUGAAGGGGCUACGCAUGCAUGUAUAUCCUGACUUUUGUACAUGUAGGUUGUAAUGAAGAAGUUUUGUUUUCAUUUAAUUAUUGGUGUUCUUUUACAGCCACUAGGCCGAAGAGUUGAUUUGGAAGAAUACUACAAAGCCAUUGUCACACCAGGUAUAUGUGUGUACUACGUACAUGUAUUUCAAAUCAAUUCAAAGAGGACAGAGAGCAAAUUGUUGUUGCUCCUCGAUAAUGAAAUUGCACACAUUAUUGAAUCUGUUCAAAAUGUAAGCUGUUUUUCAGAAGUUUUUUUAAGAGAGCAGUGGAAAUUGGGCCUAUUGAAAAUGUUGUAGUACUUAAAUUUACAUACGUGAAGCAUGCCAGAGGCACAGUAUAGGCUGUGCAUUGUUUGUACUUUAUAUUUUGUACGUAAACGUUCAUGAUAUUGCAGUAUAAUAAUUAUUAUACCGGUAGUCAUCAGUCUCAAUGCAGUAAUUGGGAGACUUUCAAGCUCAUGAAAUUCAUUGGAAGUGGGUUCUGAUUUUGUUUAACUGUUUCCAAAGGGUUAUGACAUUUUUUCCCAAUAUUAAACAGUCAUAAGUAAUUAAUUUUAUAAUACUCAUCAGUUGUAGAGUUUGUCAUUUAAAAAAAUGAAAGUUCCCAGAAGUGGCAUCAGCUACAUUUAGUAAAAUGUAAAGCAAGAAUGUGUUUUUUUAGCAGGAUGUGCAUUUAUUCCUUGAUCUGAAGGUGGCUCGAAAGAGGUUUUCAGGGUCACUACCUCCCAAGUUUGAGUAUAAACCAUGUCGCCAUUAACAAAGAUUUGGAAAAAUUACCUGAAAAACCCUAUUGAGCCACCUUAAAAGGUUGAAGAAAUGAGGAUUAAAUUUUAUGUAAUGAAAUUUCACAAGAGGAUGAUUCUCUUUUCUUUUUCAGACAUGUCCAUGUCCUACAGAGCUUCUGUUGUGAAAGUUCCCGAUUAUUCCAGCUCAAGUUUUUCUACUGAAGGCUUUUCAGUGUACAAGAACACUCAAUCAGGUAAAUGGAUACUGAUAAGUUUCCGUUCUUGUGCUAACUUAAAUAAUAAUCUUUAUGAUAAGCCUGGUCAUCAUAUGCCCAGGGUUCGCAAAAAGUCGUGGGCCAAGUUGUUCAAAAGGUGGAUAACGCUAUCCACCGGAUAAAUCUCUCUACCCAGUGGAAAACGCGAUUGAUUUCCCUAAUACUCAUCCACUGGAUAGCUAUUUAUCUGGCCCCGGUUCCUGGAAAGCCGAUUAAACUAUCCUCCGAUUAGCAUCAGAUCCACGAUUAAUUUUCUUAUUCCUCAGAUAACUAAUCGUGGGUUAAAAAGGAGUUCCUGAAAGCGAAAUAAACCCACGAUUAACUAAUCCAAGAUUAGUGUUAAAAUAAACCGGUUUAACCAGUUUUUGGGAUGAUUGCUUUUAAAUAAUAUGACGCGAAAAAUGUUUAGGCACGGGUGAAGUAAAGGAAAAUGGCAGAAAAUGAAGUGGUCUAGGUUGAACCAAAGGAAAAGAAGAGGAAACCGAAAUUCUUCAUCUACCUAGAAAUAAUUGGCCCAGUUUUUGUAACAUAGUCCUUAUAUUCAAUCCGCAGUCCACAGUCCAUGUUUUAUAAUGACCAAAUUUAUUACAUGAAGUAGUAACCACCCUGGCAACUGCUUAUGUUUUCUCCUCGUCUUUCUCUGGAGGUCGUUCUUGAGGAUUUCUACCAAAUAUUGAAUUGACUCUCGGCCAAACCUGUUUUUACUGCAAAGCUCUUCAUCAGUGAAUUGGUCAAGAUUAAAUUCUUGCUGUCGGAACUUUUUUUCACGUAUUUGAGGCAGCGGUAAGUCCGCCAUUUUGUUUGUUUUACAAACGUUUUCACCCGAUUAGUGACUUAAUCGACCUCGCUAGGUGGGUUAAAAUUAACACUUAGUUUAUUCCUAGAUUAAGGUUAAUCAUGUUUUCAGGAACAGGAUCUAAUCGUGGGACAAAAUGUAUUCCGAGAUUAGCGAGAUUUAAUCCUCGAUUAGCGUUAAUCGUCUUUCUAGGAACCCGGUCCUGGUGGAUAGCAUUAUCCAAUGUUUGAACAACUGGAGCUUGUCCGGUAGUCUUACCCAAUGCAAAAGAGAACUAGUCCUGGAAAGUCAUCCUCUAAUAAAGUCAUUAACGAAGACAAGCAAGAAGUGGCCCCAGGCAAGCAAAAUAUGAGAGUUGCUUGCUUAAACUACAAGCUGGAAUUCAAGUUUUUUUGAGCCCUGAUGCCACUGACCCACCUGCGACAUAGCCGCUGGUACUGCCUAGGAUGCUGCUGAAACCAUAUGCUGCUCCAACAAUUAACCCCACAGGUCUUUACUGCCAACAUAUCGGUGAAUAUGAACUUGAGUCAACUUCCCAGGUAUACUAGGGGUUAGGACUAGAAUGGCCUUUGUUGCCAGCAGCUUCUCAUAUCGGCCAGCUCAGUGUCCCAGGCAAUACCAGUGGCUAUAUUAAAUGUAGAUGGGUGGCAUACGAGAACCUAGCCUCCCUCACAGGCGUUUUUAGGGGAGGUUGUAUUUCGUCCCUCCCCACAAAUGCCUGCUCAACCGAGAACAACAUUCCUUUCCCAUUGUUAUAUUUGCAUGAUAAGUGACCAAUCAACAGUUUUGAAAUAAAGUGUUGACAGGCUAAACACGACUCAUAAGCUUGUGAUAGUGCAAAAACAUGUCCCAGAAUGUGACCCUAGAGUUAGCUUUUCCUUCUUUUCUUUCCUUCGUUAAGGUUAUGCCCCUGGGGGUUAUGCAGUGUGCGGAGAAUUCUAAAAUCUGGCUGAGUAACAUUUAUUAGAGGUCAUGAAGCUUUCUCAAAGUUUCAUGCAGAUCGUGUAAUUUUAUCGGGUUACCCUGCGGCCAAGGUCAACUUUAAAUAAUUUGGAAAGUACAAUGUGAUUGGCUAAGUGUGGGAAAGGAAUGUUGUUCUCGGUUGAGCAGGCGUUUUUGGAGAGGGACGAAAUUAGAGCUCCCCUAAAAAGGCCGGCGUGGGAGGCUAAUGAGAACCAGGCUAAGUUUCACGUGGUUUUUUACAGGUGACAGUGAUGAAAAAAGUAAGAAAGGAACAAAAAGAAAGAAACCACCUCCAGCUGCCAUUGAAAAUGACUUUCUACCCAAGAGACGAUCAGCAAGGGUAAGAAAUGGCAAAUGUUUAUGUAACCUCAGUGGUUACGUAAUUUAUAACAGAACCCUACCAUACAAAUACCCUAUCAACAGGACUUAACAGGACUUAACUUUCUCUGGUCUUAGCAGAAGCUCAAUAAUUGGUCAAUACAGGAGCCAACUUGCUCUUGGUCGGCUCCUGGUCAGCUCCUGGUCAAUAAUUGGACCAGAUAUUGAUGCCCUUCAUGAGGUUGUAUUGAUAUGGUUUUGUCCUUUUAACUAAUACUCAUUUAUAAAACCUGUAAGUAUUUUGUAACUAUCUUGAAACCUCCACCUAACUAUGUAAAAGAAAAACAAGUUGAUAUCCAUGCUUGUACAAUGAAUGUUAAAAAAACUGUGAGAGAACUUAGAUAAAUUACAUAUGUACCAUCAAACCUAAUUGUAUUUUAAACACCUGCUUUUAGUUGAAUAAAAAUAGAUGUUUUUGGUCUUUCUACUGAUAAUAACACAUCUUGUAAAUAAUAUUAUUAUUUUAAUGUGUGCACUUGUUGUCUGAAAAAUUAAGGUGAGAACAAACAAAAAGAAGGAGGAGGAAAUAAACUACCAAGAAUUGAUCAUGUCAUUUGCACCUUCCCUGCUUAGGUAAGUUUUCCAUGAGUGACAUAAUUUAUAUUUUACAGCAUGCAAAGAAAGUCGUGUCUGAUAGCCAGGGGCUAGUGGAUUUUGCUAUUUUGCUAGUGUUUUUUGUUCUUACAGCUGUAACUUGCCCAGUGGGAAAGCGCUGUUUUUUGGGGAAAUUCAAAUUACAGAAGGAUUGUUAUCAAUCCUGCUAAUCAAAAAGGGUUUUGGGGCUAGUUGAAAUGACGUGUGGGCUAGUGCAUGCUAUCUACAGCUGGCCCGAAUGGCAGGCUGUGAAACUGACUUUCUUUGCACCCUAUUUUAUGUCCAUGAUUCAGCAAAUGAUCUCUCCAAUGAGCAUACAACACUCUCAUUGCCUACAGUGUACAACUUUCAAUAAUUUUCUGGGCAGGAAGAAUGCCAUCGCAACUCUCAUGGUGUAUUAUUCAUCAUUAAAAAGGAGAGGGUAAACUAAUUGGCGAAUAAAUAUUAUUGUGACUGCAUUUUUAUAGUGUUGAAAUAUUCUGUAAACUGUUCUUUUUUGAUGUACGAUUUUUAAGUGGUAGGCCUGCCAUGACUAAGGACAGUGUCUAUCUAAAGUGAAACACUGAUAUGACCAGGGCUGUAACUUAAAUUUCAAGUUGCCACGAAUAUGGCUGUGCAGUUCAUUUAGUUGACCAGGAUUUCUACUGCUAGGAAUUUCUUUUGCUUCUGUUUUCCUUUUUUGUCCUAUUAGAGUAGCCAGGGAUCAUGCUCAUGACAACUGGAGAAAAUCCGCGGCUCCUGGCCCUUAAUGACAGCCUGUAUAAUGAACUCCUAUAUAAUGAAGACCUUUGGGUGCUUUCCAUUUGUCAGAACUGACAGGCCAGACCAUUCCCGCCACGAAAAGAAUUUCACUGUUAGUAAAAACUAUCCAGCCACAUUAGUCAAAUCCUAAAGAGCAUGGUUGAAGGAGAUGGUUUUUCAGCAAAAGCUCUUGGAAAAAGCCCAUUGCUUUGUCAAAAUGACUGGUCCAGCCAUAGUCCGUCCAGCCAGUUCUGACUUUCAGAAAGCACCCUUAGUUUAACAAAUGAUAUUCUUGGCCGCAGAAUUAAGUUGAAUAUAAUGCUGAGCUUACUUUCUACCUGUCUCAUUUUUCUCUAGACCCAGUGUGAGUGUUGAUGAUGAGAGUAGCCAAGAUAGCCUUGGGGAAGGAUCUCAGUUAAGUCAAAAGUAUGAAUUUUUCAGUCCUAAAUAUUGCAGGCAAAAAUGUGCUGUUUGUUUUUGAAGUCCCACCCCUCCCCUGCAGUGAAGAUGAUUUCUGGGAGACCUGCAAGCAAUGGGUCAUUUCAUAACCCUUUAAACCCUAAGAUCAAAAUUGAGAUUCUCAUUUACUGUCCUUAAACUUUUUUAAUAGAAGUAGUGGGGAGAAUUUGUUAAAAUAUCGAUUAGACUCAUCUUCCCUGAUCAUGUACUCAAUUCUCAUGACUACUCUGUUUUCUAAAGCAUUGAUAUUAUAAGGAGAAAUUUCAUGCUGAUCACUCUUAGGGUUUAAAGGGUUAGUUGCCCCAAGCCUCUGUCUCAAUGCGAGGGUAAAUGGGAAGUCAUUGUUAUGAAAAGGAGGUUUUCUCCCCUGCCAAUAAACUUUUUUUAACAUGUAUGCUUCUGCUGGAUCAUCAUACGUGUCUGCAAAACUGUCCACCUACCCCUCCCCUAAGCCAACAUUUUGCCCUUUGUGAGAAGUAAGUGUUAAUAUUGGCUUAGGGGAGGGGUAGGUAGGCAGUUUCCCAGAAAUGUAUAAUGAUUCCUUCUGCCUUGAUUUUAAAGUGAGAGGUUUUGGAACUGGUUAAUGGGCAACAGAAUCCACUUGUCAUCCGGCUAAGCUGUGGUGCACAAGUCAGAGGGGUAGACACUUUUCAAACCAUAAAAGCGUCUUGGGGUGUGAUGUUCAAUCUUUCACUUUUGCUCCACUCAUAACUACACAAAGACACAAGUUAGGGUUUAAGCCACUAGGAAUCAAACACAAUACGAUCUGCUGAAUAUAAUGGGUUUAGUUUCUACAGAAACAGUAGUGCUUGGGAAAUUAGGUGGAAAUGAUUUGGCGACUGAAUCAAUGAUAAAGCUUUUGUGCUUUCUGGAACCAGGGUUUGGAAUUGGGAGGGUGUGUUUUUAUCAUUUGUCUCAACUGAAAUAGUGCUGAAGAAUCCCACCCAAAUUACCUGUAAGUACCUGUUCCAGGUAAAACUGAACUUUGUUUGGAUUCAGUGAGAAAUGCUAUCUAUUAUUAUUAUUAUUAUUAUUAUUGUUGUUAUAAUAUUUUUUUUUAAUUUGUAGAGGUGGCCAGUUGCAGACGUCAGAUGGAAAAAUAAGUGAAGGUAUAAUCUCCGGUUAACUUUACACCAUUUUGUUAUACAGAAGUGUAAAUGGUCAUGUCAUAAGUGGGUGGAAUAUGAUUGUCUGGGUGAGUGUAGUCCUGUAUAUGACUUUUGUUGUUGAUAGUGACUGAUGCUUUGACAACUGGUGCAAUAAAACAUUUUUAGAGUCAAAUUGAAAUGUAUAUCGUCAGUUGAUGGUACUAUACUCUGGUUAUUGCGAACAAUACUAGAAGAUUUACCGUGAUUCAAAUGUGUUCCUUUCGUUUAAAAGGUAAUAGAAAUGCAUACGAUGAAGUAAUCUCAGGUCAAGCAGAAACUCUGGACAUUCUCACAUUUGUCAAGGAAAACAUGGAAAAUGGGUAGAAAUAAUUUUGAAUAACUGUCAAUCAGUUACUUGAAUAGACCUUACUCACGACGAGGAUUGAUAAGACGAAAGCAAUGUCAUGUGGCAUUUCAGGGUGCAAGCAAGAUAGAAAAUUCAACAAUACGAGCAAUCGCGUUGGAGUUUGUUUAUUCUCUCAAAACGAGACAACUAUUUUAGUUAUGCAAAAUUUACAGUUAGAGGUUUGACGAGACUUACGUCUUUAUUGCUUGCUGUUAGGACAAAUACAGUCGCUACUGCACCCAAAGAAAGCAACAAUGAUUACUUCCACCCUUAAUUUGCCAUUAUUGUCGUUAAAACAGAACGUCUUUUUAUAAUUUUCUGUUGUACAGAAAAAACAAACCCGACACGAUUUCUUGUAUUGGCAAAUAGUUUGCUCCCUGAGAAACCAGGUGGCAUCGCUUUUAUCUUACCAGUCCUUAAGCGUGUGCAAAGUUGGCGGGCAUCGUGAGUAAGGUCUGUAUUUGUAGACAACAAACUCCCACUUCCUACUCUUGAUCUCACGGUUCGCUCUCGAUCCAGGACGGAAGAGAGAGGAAACAGCCUUUUCAUGCCAAAGAGUUUUUGCAAUCAAGGGUAGAAACUUUAUUUUUUGAAAAAAACAAGCAAGCAAGCAAAAGAAAAAACAAAUUCUAUUCAAUUAAUCAAUCAAUCAACUUUAUUUAAAAAUGAGCCGGGUAAACGCAUAACAGCAGAAGCUGAUAAACCAGUGGCCCUCGAACUAAACUAACUAACCUAAAAAGUACACAUAUAUAUUUACAAUAUUGCUAAAAAAUUAUUAAUAUCGAUAUAAGAAUCAGUUCUAUUCCUCGUGACUGGUUUUUUGCUCUCAUUAAACAGUGGAAUUAUUGACCUGAUGAAUCAGUAUGGAAUAUGCCUCGCGGCUCAGAACAACAAGAAGUGGUGAGUUAAAUAUAGUUUUGUUGCUAGAUAAAUCACUUUCGUUUAACCCAUCAUCUGUUGCACACACAACAUGUGAUGGCUGAAUGAACGAACAAUUUUUGAUUGAAUAUAAAAAAGUAAGCCCACGUAACGUUUUUCGCGUAUUACCGCUUAGUCUUGGCGAGUAUUUGGUUUCUAUGAAAGUGGAAAUGUUCUUUGCAGUUGAAUAAACAAUCUAAGCGGUUUCUGAUUGGUUGUUUUUUCACACGUGGGAGAAGUCGCAAAGCCGAGUAAACAGCUGUUCGUGACGCAAAAUGUUGAAUGAAACCGUUUGAUGUAUAUCGAUAAUGGGAAACCAUUUAGGGCGUGUUCUACUGGCCGUACAUCUAUGCUGGAAUAAGAAUUGAUGGAUUGAAAUCUAGAAAUCACUUGUUUUGGCAUUUGUUACAUUGCAUUAUUUAGAAAUCUGCUUUAAAUAAAAUAUUCCUAUGUAUGUAAAGUGUAAAUUGUCCAAAAUCACGGUAGCGGAGAUUUGUAACAACAACUUUUGCGUAUUCUUUUUCUGUAAUACGUGGAUCAAUACACGACCACACCCUUACAUGUGUUAAAUCGUCAAGCAUGCUCUUCCUACGCGAUGUAGGUCGAACAUGUUUCAAUUUUGUCCAAAGGAAAGGCUUUUCCAGUGAGAUGAUCAGCCACCUCCUUAUAAUUUAUGCCUGCGUUCCCAGGCGUGUAUAUAGAUUUUUCAGAAAAGUGCGGGUAUUUUAUAGAUAAAGUCAGCUUACGAAUUGUUAUCUUUCCUUACCUGUAAUCUGGACAGCAAGCUACAUGCAAGAGAAUAAAUGAAAAUAACUAGGCUGUCCUCACACUCCCACGAUAAGCUCAGUUUGGUUUCCAUAUUAUAGGCAGGAAAAGUUAUUGAAGGUCGAACCCCUCUAAUCGCAUGAAAUAUGGUGCUACUACUGCAGUAAUUUACUACCAAUUCCAAUUUGCAUGUUGCGUGGUUUUAAAACCGGCGACAUUUCUCAUUUUAGUUUAUUGAUCUAGUAAUAUUAUCAUUUCAGGCCUUCCGCCUUGGCUGAUGUGUUCUUGAAAGUUUACCAGAGAAUGAGAAAGCACGUUAUUCUUCCUUCAGAAUUUUGGUGGGUUAAGAUAAUUUUUAGAUUGUAUGAUUUAAGUUAGCCUGUGAACUGCAGACGUUUUUCCGGUCGUCGCUUCUCUCCCUCCGAAAGGACCGGAAAUACGUCUGCAGUUCGCAGGCUAAAUUUAAGUGAGCAACGUAAUGCUUAAACCUAUAACGACAAAGGUCCGAAUAAUAAUAAUAAUUAUAUUAAUAAUUGUAGUAAUAAUAAUGAUAGUAAUGAUAAUAAUUCCGUUAUUUACCCUCGGCAGUAUUUACAACACUAAUGCUAGUGGGACCGAGCAAAUGCCUGAAACAAAUAAUUGAAAUUGAACUUAGCAGUGGUAAGGUUGUUCGAUACAGUGUUUCAGGGUCAAUACCUCCAAAGUUUGAGCACAAACUACGUCGCCAUAAACAAAGAUUUGGUAAAAUUGUUACCACAGUUUUAUUAGAUAAAGAUGAAAAUUUGUUCUGAUCAGGGUUGCAUUGACAUCGGAGUUGUCGGAGCAAAGAAAUGACGCCAUUACCUGUUUUACUUGAAGCAGUAUUGCUCGCGCCCCAGAGAGCUUGCUUGCAGGCUAAAUCAGUCUCAUUCAAUAAUUUCUAAUUCAACGAUUUGCAAACACAGUCCUCAUCACAGAAAGAGGGUGGUAAGCCUGUGCUGUCAAGAACAGAAAAAAAUAUCAUAUUUCCCCGAGUGGGGGGGGGGGGCACUUCCUUAUAAGAGGCUAGUGGGGAUGUGCCGCUGGAUGGGGUUGCAUUUUCACGAUUGGAUGGACUAUAAUGGGGUCGCAUUUUCAACAGAGUUACUAGAAUGGGGUCGCACAUGUUCGGAUUUUUUUGGGUAAGACAGUUCUUCAUAUUUACGGUUAGCAAACGUACCAGAAUGUUUGUACUGUAGAUGAAAAGUAAAGUGUUCUUCAUUCAAUUUAAAAAAUGCGCCAAUUCAUAAAAAUAGAAAGUGACUAGGUUGGGAUCGGAAAAUUACAUAUUUGCCCAAAAGUGACUAAGAUGGGGUCUAUAAUUGGCCACAGAAUAGACUAUAAUGGGGUAGGGGCUCUAAGAGGCCAGCGGCACAUACCCAGCAAAAAUUAACCCAAGUAGCCCCCCCGAGCUUGUUUCUCGUGAGGAUUAUCUCCCAUGCAUCGCGUUUCAUCUCCAGACUGACAUCGACGUUAAUGGGUUUCUUUGUAAUUUACUUUUAUCAUGUUUAUUGUUGAUAACUUCCUCAUUAGUUGUCGGAGGUUUAUAUCUAUUUUAACAAACACGAAACGUAGUUUAGCGCUGUUAGACUCGGUAAAAAAUAGACGUUCCUAUUUAGAAAUCUCUCAUUCUUGUAUUUAUCGUUUUGGAUUUAUAUUCGCCAAGAAAAUUCUCGGCCUUGUUUAUUAAGUUUAAAGAAACUUGCUAAACCCUAAUUUAUUUUACAUUUUCUUUAUGGAUUAUUGAUGUGUUUUUGAAGUCUUUUUAAUCAUCACGUUUUUCUUGAAAAUCUUUGCAACAGGGCAGACUUUUUUCUCCGUUUUUGUUGAAAAAUCGAUUUGUCACCAAGUUUGUUAUUUUCAAGUAAUCUUCGCUAUAAAGCUGAGAAUGAUUAAAGGGUGCAAAGGCCGUGUUUUUUUUAGUAGUGGCUUAAGUUACCUGAUAAACACUUCAGAAUCUUCUUUAAUCUGCAUUUGAUUUUCAGUUAUUAACACUUAAGAGUACUGAGAAAAGGAAACCUAAACAGAACAGGAUAAAGAAAAUAAAACUUUUAGUAUUUAUUAAAUGUUGUUUAUAUGCAUUACAAUUUGAUGUUUUAAAUAUUUUACAGCAACGGUUUUAUUAAAAUUGUGGUAGAUUCACUUAUCGCUAUUUUUUCAAAAGUUGACAAAGUCUUAGCGUUUGAUGUCUCCUGACAAGUAAAUAAAAUGUACCCUAUGUUUUAUCACAGACUCUUCACACGUUUUUGUUUAUUUUUGCUGACGUUCAGAUUUCUUAAUAAUCGCAAAAAUUGGAAUUAUUGUUAUCGUAUUCUCUUGUGCUAUUGGUCGAAAACAAGCGCUGAAAGUGACAAAUGUGUAAAAGGCCAUGCAGAUGUUCUAAAAGUUAAAAGGAUCUGAAGAAGUUGCACUUAAGAAAGCAGUCAAAAAUAGGGUACAAUACCAUGGGGAACGUUGUAAUAGAGGGCAAUUCAUAGCACUGUGGAAUACCACGUUUUAAAAUCGUAUAUAAUCGACUCUCUAGGACCCACAAACUAUUUUAUCACGCAUUACACGAAAAAACCUAAAAUUUUUAGUGAUAUGAGCUGUUCUUUUAGUUUCUGAACGGUGAUUUUGCAGUAUUUCGUAUCCGUGGUGUAGUUAACGUGCAAAUCUGUCACCGAACCACCAUGGUGCAGCAAUGGCUAAAAUCAUUCUCCCGUUACCAAUCUGGAUUUAUCCUUUAGAAUUGCCUCUUGGUCCCAUUGUUUUUAUCAGAAAGUGUUUUUGUGACGGGUUUAUGGAUGAUUGAGACCAUUGGCCGUUGACCUUACUUGAUCCAUCUUACUUGGAGUAGUCUCAAAAGUUAAUGACCUAAGGCAGGCUUGACCUUCGUUCAUGUAAUUUACUUUUUAUUGCAUCAAGGCUUAAUGCCAAGUCUGAUACUUUAGUUUCAUGGCAUCGAGAACUUGGUGCCACAGCUGUUGAUGCUUUCAGUUUUACCUGGGCUAAUUUCAAUUGUUACGCUUUUCCUCAGUUUUAGUCAGCUGUCUCGACUUUUGGCCAAAGAAAAAGGUAACCAAAACGUGUCCUAAGCCGUCUUCGCCAUCUCUGUACGUUUUAUUUGCAGUCACUCGUAAGAAAAGCACUGAUGUUAUAAAGACUCCUUCUACUCACUGCGCCGUCUUAUUAACGCCUGUUGGUUCGGAUAUCAAUCACGGAAUAAAAAUAAAACAGCGCUGUCACCUAUUAGGCAGCAGAAUGAAGUGAAAUGCCCAUAGUAACUUAGUAGAUGUCAUGGAUGGAGUCUUUCCUUCAAAAGAACCCUUUUCAAAUAAUGAAUAUCUGAUUUUGGGUACAAACUUGAGUCGAUGUAGAUUUUCUUGCCGUUGGCAAACUAACAAAAACAACUUUUCCAAUGGCUUAUGAAGCCAAAGAAGGACGUCUUACCUUCUCGUUUUAUGUGAUAAAAAGGUUCACGCAAAUAUUUGUAAAAGUUAAUUAAAAAAUGAAAAAUAAAAGGGUGUUGGAAUCUUAUUAUAAUCUUUUUUACUAUCAGUUAUCAUCUUCGGCCGGACUUACUCUUCUCCGAAGCUACCCCUCUUCUAUGAAGGGUGUUUUGAAUUUUGUUAUCAACGAUGCAAUCGAUAAUCAGUUCUGUUAAAGCUCUUUGGAAAGCUAAACUCCGGUGGUGAACAGGUUUCCAAAACGUUAGUUGUGCUUAAUUAUUGACUUAAACCUACUCUAUCAUGUCAAAAAAUAGAUUUUCUUUCCGAAAAAUACACAUUUUUUAAAGACAUGUCCUUUUAAUACUAACAAAAUGAGACAUGCUAUAAUUCUACGAAAAGAAAAUGGGUCCUGCUUAAGUCGAAUCGGCGUACAAUAUUGCUUGUAAUCAAACUGAUAAAAUACAAUUUAAUUUCCUUUUAGUGAUGUUGGAGAGAUUGUCGACCCUUUAGUAUUUUACGGCACGAUUUUAAGUGGGUACCAAGGUCACACAUGUACAAGAUGAUUCUUAAGUUAAAUGGUAAAAGAGGGUCAAAAACGAGAUUCACCCUGUGCAGAUUCACCUGAUCGUGAUUCGGGAUCGGCACCUGAUCACAGUAGUAUCCAUAAUAAAGAGGUUAAGUUUAUAAGAAAUUACUCUCUAGAGCCGAGAUUUCGUGUCCGUUGUCCGUAUUAGAGAGAGUCGGUAUUAUGGAGGUUUUUUUAAAGAAAAUAUAUGAGAAUUUCUCGGGACAUUGGAAACUGUCCGUAAUAGAGAGGAGUCCGUAUUAGAGAGGUGUCCGUACUGAGAGGUUCGACUGUAUUCUUUUCUAGUACUAAUUAUCACGUGAAAGGUUUAAAUCCGGGAGUCAUUUCAAAAGUAGGUUGAGUUUCAUCGUCCGAGUAAACGUAGUCCUGAAUAGAACUGUUGUUGUUGACAUUGACUAAUGUUUCGACAAACUGUGUGGUCAUCUUCAGAGUCAAGGUAAGUUGUAUCCCGUCAGUUGAUGGUAUUAUACUCUGGUUAUAGAGCAAAACUCUGCUGGUAAAAAGGUUACUUUCCAAAAUGUUAGUUUUCUAAUUCAUUGACUUCAAAAUACUCGGUCAUUUCAAAAAAAAAAAUUCUUUCAACAGAAAACCGUUUUAAAAGGCAUCAUUUUUUGACAUUUUCAAACUGCGACAUGCUAUAAUUCGUCGCUAGUACUCUCUAGGGUGGAUCCCGAUUUAGUUAAAGCGGCGUACAAUGUUGCUUGUCCUCAACUUAACGGAAACACUUUAAUAACUUUUUGCUGCGCUAAUGAUGUUGGACAGAGUGUGGACCCGUUUACCACGGCUUUCAGCGGAUACCUAGGUCACGCAUGUAAAAGAUAACUGUUAAUUUAUAGCAACAAAUACGAGCUAAAAAAUAAAGUUCUAAAGAACAAUACAAUGAAUGCUAACCUGAGAAUAGUAUGAUGAAUGGUAAAAGAGGGUCAAAAAUGUGACUCUACGUACCGCGCCACGAAAAGCCUUUCCCCUUAAUAAAAAAGGAGUUUUAAAGGAAAUUGAUCUUUCACAGUUUAGCCUAAAAAAUUGCUACAUUUGAAUGUAAAUAAGGUCAGUUCUCGUCGAAAUAUGUUUUUUAUGAAAAUCGAGAAGAUAGCUUUGUAAGCAGCUCGAACGUUUAAAUCGUUGUUGUCAAAGGAAGCAAAACGUUCAACAGACAGUCACUAUUCUUUUCUACCACCGAGUAUCAUGUUCGGGCCUUAUUCUUUCCCGAAGCCACCCUUCUUGGUGUAUAAAGUUUUCAUUUAAAUUUGCUCCAAACUUACAGAAAGGUAAACAUCGGUGGUGAUUAGGAGUCGAAAUCGUUAGUUUUUCUUUUUGUCGGUAGAUUUCUUUUCACAGUUUCCAAUCCUGGAAAGAAUGUCCACACACCCACGUCACCGUUAUAUAUGCGGAUAAAAAGUACACGCAUCAAAGCAAGUUCAACUUCUUUUACCUUCUAAUAACAAAUAAACUAAGAUAUGGAUUGAUUUACACAGAAUAAUUCAAUGAAUGGUGAAGGAGGAUCAUAAACGAGGUUCUACUAACCAUGUCCAUUGAAAAGCCUUUUCCGUUAUUAGUAACAAAUUUAAAUGGGUUAUUUUAAAAGAUUUCGCUAAGAAUUCACCAAACGUAUACAAAAGAGAAAUGCUUCUCCCAACACGGUUUUUCAGAAAAUGGAGGAGUUCAGACGUUUGACUCGUUGAAACGGUUAAAGUAGAAUAGAAAAACAGCAUUCAACCGACUGUUCUAUUUUACCACUAGUUAUCAUCUUAGACCGCUCGUAUUCUUCUCCGAAGGAAACCGUCUUUGUGAGUUAAGAAUUUUUAAUGUUUAUUCUCAACCAUGCAAUCAACAGUCUUUCUAUCAAAGAUAACAGAAAGCUAAAACCUGGUGGUGAAUAGGUUACUUUCAAGCUGUUAAUUUUCUUAAUCAUUGACUUCAAAAACUCGGUCAUGUCGAAAAAAAGAAAUUCUUUCCAGAGAACACCAUUUUUAAAGGCAUCAUUUUUUGAUACUUUCAAACUGCGACAUGCUAUAAUUCGUCGCUAGUACUCUCUAGGUUGGAUCCCGCUUUAGUGCGGCGUGCAAUAUUGCUGUCCUUAAUAACUUAACGGAGACACUUUGAUUUCCCUUUAUGCUGUGCUAUUGAUGUUGGUAAGAGUGUGGACCCGUUUACCACGGUUUUCAGCUGAUGCCAAGGUCACGCAAGCACAAGAUAUCUCUCUUCCGUUACAGCAACAAAUAAGCUCACAAGUAAAGUUCUAACGAAUAAUUUGAUGAAUGGUAAAAACUUAAGAAUAAUUUGAUGAAUGGUAAGAGAAGGUCCGAAAGGUGACUCUACGUACCGCGCGCCACGAAAAGCCUUUCCCAUUAAUUAAAAAGGAGUUUUAAAGGAAAUUGAUCUUUUACAGUUUAGCCUAAAAAAUUGCUACAUUUGAAUGCCUGAAUAAGGUCAAUUGUCAUGGAAAUAUGUUUUUUAAGAAAACCGACAAGAUAGCUUUGUAAGCUCGAAAGUUUAACUAGUUGUUGUCAAAGGAAGCACAACGUUCAACAGACAGUCACUAUUCUUUUCUACCACCUAGUAUCAUCUUCGGGCCUUAUUCUUUCCCGAAGCCGCCCUUCUUGGUGUAUUAAGUUUUCAUUUAAAUUUACUUCAAGCUUACAGAAGGGUAAACAUCGGUGGUGAUUAGGUGUCGAAAUCGUUAGUUUUUCUUUUUAUCAGUAGAUUUCUUUUUCAGUUUCCAAUCCUGGAAAGAAUGUCCACAAACCGACGUCACCGUUAUAUUUGCGGAUAAAAAGUACACGCAUCAAAGCAAGUUCAACUUCUUUUACCUUCUAAUAAAAGAUAAACUAAGAUAUGGAUUGAUUCACACAGAAUAAUUCAAUGAAAGGUGAAGGAGGAUCAUAAACGAGGUUCUGCUAACCACGUCCAUUAAGAAGCCUUUUCCGCUAUUAGUAACAAAUUUAAAUGGGUUCUUUUCAAAGAUUUUGCUAAGAAUUCACCAAACGUAUACGAGAGAGAAAUGCUUCUCCCAACACGGUUUUUCAGAAAAUGGAGGAGUUCAGACGUUUGACUCGUUGAAACGGUUUGAGUAGAAUAGAAAAACAGCAUUUAGCCGAAUUUUCCAUUUUACUUCUAGUUAUCAUCUUUGACCGUUCGUAUUCUUCUCUGAAGGAAACCGUCUUUGUGUAUCAAGAAUUUUUGUAUAUUCUCAACCAUGCAAUCAACAGUCUUUCUGUUAAAGAUUACAGAAAACUAAAAACUGGUGGUGAAUAGGUUACUUUCCCAACUGUUAAUUUUCUUAAUCAUUGACUUCAAAAUACUCGGUCAUGUCGAAAAAAAAAUUUUUUUUCCAGAGAACACCAUUUUUAAAGGCAUCAUUUUUUGAUACUUUCAAACUGCGACAUGCUAUAAUUCGUCGCUAGUACUCUCUAGGUUGGAUCCCGCUUUAGUCAAAGCGGCGUGCAAUAUUGCUGUCCUUAACUUAAUGGAGACACUUUGAUUUCCCUUUAUGCCGUGCUAUUGAUGUUGAAAAGAGUGUGGACCCGUUUACCACGGUUUUCAGCUGAUGCCAAGGUCACGCAAGCACAAGAUAUCUCUUUUCCGUUAUAGCAACAAAUAAGCUCAAAAGUAAAGUUCUAAAGAAUAAUACAAUGAAUGGUAAAAACUUAAGAAUAAUUUGAUGAAUGGUAAGAGAAGGUCGAAAAGGUGACUCUACGUACCGCGCGCCACGAAAAGCCUUUCCCAUUGAUUAAAAAUAAGUUUUAAAGGAAAUUGAUCUUUUACAGUUUAGCCUAUAAUAAAAAAUUACUACAUUUCAAUGCCUGAAUAAGGUCAAUUCUCGUUGAAAUAUGUUUUUUAUGAAAAUCGACAAGAUAGCUUUGUAAGCAGCUCGAACGUUUAAAUCGUUGUUGUCAAAGGAAACACAACGUUCAACAGACAGUCACUAUUAUUUUCUACCACCGAGUGUCUUCUUUGGGCCUUAUUCUUUCCCGAAGCCGCCCUUCUUGGUGUAUGAAGUUUUCAUUUAAAUUUACUUUAAGCUUACAGAAAGGUAAACAUCGAUCGGUGGUGAUUAGGUGUCGAAAUCGUUAGUUUUUCUUUUUAUCAGUAGAUUUUUUUUCAUAUAGUUUCCAAUCCUGGAAAGAAUGUCCACACUCCCACGUCAACGUUAUAUGCGGAUAAAAGGUGCACGCAUCAAAGCAAGUUCAACUUCUUUUACCUUCUAAUAACAAAUAAACUAAGAUAUGGAUUGAUUUACACAGAAUAAUUCAUGCAAUGAAUGGUGAAGGAGGAUCAUAAACGAGGUUCUACUAACCACGUCCAUUGAAAAGUCUUUUCCGUUAUUAGUAACAAAUUUAAAUGGCUUCUUUUCAAAGAUUUCGGUUAGAAUUGACCAAACGUAUACAAAAGAGAAAUGCUUCUUGCAACAUGGUUUUUCAGAAAAUGGGGGAGUUCAGACGUUUGACUCGUUGAAACAGUUUGAGUAGAACAGAAAAACUGCAUUCAACCGACCGUUCUAUUUUACCACUAGUUAUCAUCUUUGACCGUUCGUAUUCUUCUCCGAAGGAAACCGUCUUUGUGUAUUAAGAAUUUUUAAUGUUUAUUCUCAACCAUGCAAUCAACAGUCUUUCUGUUAAAGAUAACAGAAAGCUAAAAACUGGUGGUAAAUAGGUUACUUUCCAAAAUCUUAAUAUUCUUAAUCAUUGACUUCAAAAUAUUCGGUCAUGUCGAAAAAAGAAAUUCUUUCCAGAGAACAUCAUUUUUAAAGGCAUCAUUUUUUGAUACUUUGAAACUGCGACAUGCUAUAAUUCGUCGCUAGUAUUCUCUAGGUUGGAUCCCGCUUUAGUCAAAGCGGCGUACAAUAUUGCUUGUCCUUAUGCUGUGCUAUGGAUGUUGGAAAGAGUUUGGACCCGUUUACCACGGUUUUCAGCUAAUGCCGAGGCCACGCAAGCACAAGAUAUCUCUUUUCCGUUAUAGCAACAAAUAAGCUCAAAAGUAAAGUUCUAAAGAAUAAUACAAUGAAUGGUAAAAACUUAAGAAUAAUUUGAUGAAUGGUAAGAGAAGGUCGAAAAGGUGACUCUACGUACCGCGCGCCACGAAAAGCCUUUCCCAUUAAUUAAAAAUAAGUUUUAAAGGAAAUUGAUCUUUUACAGUUUAGCCUAUAAUAAAAAAUUAGUACAUUUCAAUGCCUGAAUAAGGUCAAUUCUCGUUGAAAUAUGUUUUUUAUGAAAAUCGACAAGAUAGCUUUGUAAGCAGCUCGAACGUUUGACUCGUUGUUGUCAGAGGAAGCACAGCGGUCAAGAGACUAUUCUUUUCUACCACCAAUAAUUAUCUUCGGGCCUUAUUUUUUUUUGAAGCCACCCUUCUUGGUGUAUGAAGGUUUUACUUAAAUUUAUUUUAAGCAUACGGAAAGAAAAACACCGGCGGUUAUUAGGCGUCUAAAUCGAUCAUUCUUUUCAUAGUUUCUUAUUCUGGAAAGAAUGUCGACACUCCUACCGUCACCGUUAUGUACUGAUAAAAAAAUACGUACAACAAAGCAAGUUCAAGAUUAGUUGACCUUGUCACAACAAAUAAACUGAAACAUGGAUUGCCUUACACAGAAUAAUUCAAUGAAUGGUGAAAGAGGAUCACAAACGAUGUUCUACUAACCACGUCCGUUGAAAAGCCUUUCCCUAUAGUAACAAAUUAAAUGGGUUAUUUUCAAAGAUUUCGUUAAGAAUUCACCAAACGUAUAAAAAGAGAAAAAGCUACUCGAAACACGGUUUUUAAGAAAAUUUAGAAGAUGUCUUUGUAAGGAGCUCAGACGUUUGACUUGUUGAAACAGUUUGACUAGAAGAACUGACUGCAUGUUCUAAAUUUUUACCACUAGUUAUCAUCUUGGACCGGUCGUAUUCUUCUCGGAAUUGAAGCAAACCGUCUUGGUGUAUUAAGGGUUUUUAAUUUUUUUUCUCAUCCAUGCAAUCAACAGUCUUUCUGUUAAAGAUUACAGAAAGCUAAACUCUGUUGGUGAAUAAGUUAUACUUCCCAAAAUGUUAGUUUUCUUAAUCAUUGACUUCAAAAUACUCGGUCAUGUCUAAAAAAAAUUUCUUUUAAGAGAACACCAUUUUUAAAGGCAUCAUUUUUUGAUACUUUCAAACUGCGACGUGCUAUAAUUGGUCGCUAGUAUUCUCUAGGUUGGGUUCAGCUUUAGUCAAAGCGGCGUACAAUAUUGCUUGUCCAUAACUUAACGGAGACACUUUGAUUUCCCUUUAUGCUGUGCUAUUGAUGUUGGAAAGAGUGUGGACCCUUUUACCACAGUUUUGAGCGGAUACCAAGGUCACGCAUGUACAAGAUAACUCUUACGUUAUGGCAACAAAUAAGCUAAAAAAUAAAGUUCUAAAGAAUAAAACAAUGAAUGGUAAAAGCUUAAGAAUAAUAUGAUGAAUGGUAAAGGAGGGUCAAAAAGGAGACUCUACUUACCACGCGCAACGAAAAGCCUUUCCAUCAAUAAGAAAGGAGUGUAGAAAGUUGGUCUUUCACGGUUUAGCCUAAGAAUUUGCUACAUUUGAAUGUGAAUAAGGUCCUUUCUGGUCGAAAUAUGGUUUUUAGGAAAAUCUAGAAGAUACCUUAAAAAGGAGCUCAAACGUUUGACUCGUUGUUGUCAGAAGGAGCAUAACGGUCAAGAGACUAUUGUUUUCUAUCGCCUUUUUCUUUUCUGAAGUCAUCUUUUUUGGUGUAUGAAGGUUUUAUUUAAAUUUAUUUCAAUACAGAAAGAAAAACACCGGUGGUGAUUAGGCGUCGAAAUCGUCCGUUUUGCUUUUCAUCGGUAGAUGUCUUUUUGUAGUUUCUUAUUCUGGAAAGAAUGUCGACACUCCCACGUCACCGUUAUAUACGGCUAAAAAAUUACACGCACCAAAGCAAGUUCGAGAAUAGUUGACCUUGUAACAACAAAUAAACUGACACAUGGAUUGCCUUACACAAAAUAAUUCAACGAAUGGUAAACGAGGAUCAUAAACGAUGUUCUACUGACCAUGUCCAUGGAAAAGUCUUUCCCGUUACGGGUUAUUUUGAUUCAAACGUAAAAAAAGAGAAAAGCUACUCGAAAUUCGGUUUUUUUAAAAAUGGAGAAAUGUCUUUGUAAGGAGCUCAGACGUUUUACUCGUUGAAACAGUUUGACUAGAAAAACAGCAUUCAAGUGACUGGUCUUUUUUUCUUGUUAUCAUCUUCAGCUGAUCGUCCGAAGCGACCCAUUUUGUCGUCAUGAAAGUUUUUUUUAAUCUUUUCUCAUCCAUGCAAUCGUUAGUCUUUUUAGUUAAAUCUUACUGGAAGCUGCAAUCCGGUGGUUGUGGGUUUUCAAAACGUUACUUUUCGUAAUCAUCGACUUUAAAAUACUCGAUCAUUGCGAAGAAAGAAAUUUCCUUUCAAGAGAACACCGUCUAUAAAAUUCGUGAACUUUUCUGAUACUUUCAAAGUGCCACAUUCUUUUCGAUGUUACUGCAGUGGCGGACCCAGUUUAAAAUAACAUUUUCUGCUUUUCGAGCCUCAUUCUGGUCUAAAAUAAUGGCCCAGGCCCCUUCCCUCGAUCCCCCACUGUACUUUCUAGGUUGGGUCCUGCGGUAUACAAUAUCACUUGUCGUAAAACUUAACGAAGACUUAAAUUUCCUUUUAUGCUGUGCUAUUUAUGUUGGAGAGAGUGUGAACCUUUUUACGUCACGGUUUUGAGUACAAGGUCACGCAUGUACAAGAUGAUUCUUAAGUCAUAACAACAAAUUAACUAAUAAUAAAGAAUAACAAUGAAUGGUAAAAAGAGGGUCAAUAACGAGAUUCUAGACAACACGCGCAAUGAAAAGCAUUUCCAAUAAAAAAAAAAGAGUUUAGGAAAUGUGUGUUACAAGGUUUACUGAGCCUAAGAACUCGCAACAUUUCAAUGUGAAUAAAAUCAAUAGAGACUGAAAAAUGGUUUUUAUAAAAAUAGAGAAAAGCCUUGUAACAAUUAGCUCUAAUGUUUGACUAGUUGUUGUCGAAGAGGAAGCACGACGUUCAACAGACUAUUCAUUUCUACCACCAAUUAUCAUCCUCGGGCCUUAUUCUUUUCUGAAGCCACCCUUCUUGGUGUAUGAAGGUUUUACUUAAAUUUAUUUUUAGCUUACAGAAAACUAAACACCGGUGGUGAAUAGGAUCCCACGUCACCGUUAUAUGGGGAUAAAAAAAACAUGCACCAAAGCAACAAAUAAACUGAAAUAUGAACUUUUAAAGAAUAAUAAUUACAAUGAAUAGUAAAAGAGAGUCAAAAACGAGAUUCUACAAACCACGCACAACGAAAAGCCUUUCCCAGUAUUAUGAGAGAGGUUAAUGAUAAUGAUUGUCAAUGAAGUUUUAUCUAAAAGUCCCCUGCUCUUAAAAAAUAGAAUAUAGUCGAAAAAUGGUUGCUUAGAAAAUAAAGAAGACGUCUCUGUAAGGAGCUUGGACGCGCGAGUAGUUGUUGUCUAAGGAGAAACGACGUUCAAAAGUUUUUUUUUUUAAUACAAAUGAAUACACCAUUUUUUAAAAAAAAAAACGAUUGAUAUUUAUUUUUCUUAAUGAUCUUCUUUCAUUAAUCACUUUUCGUCUCCCUGCAACAAGAACAACAACAAAUCCGUUAUCAACUUCUCUGCUGUAUGAUAUAGUUUAAAAGGAGUUUUAGUGAUCGAAGUAUUUAAGUACAUUGUGGAACCUCGAUUUGGAAAUGUGUUAGUUAAGUGGAGGGUUCGCUAUAUCGAACACCUCUAUAUAACGAAUGCUUGGGAAAUGUUACAUCGUUAAGCGGAGAUGAGGUUAUACGGUGUGUAUGACUGUGUAUAUAAACACUUGGAUAGUUUGCCAGACACAAGUUCACAGAUCUUUGAUCUCUUCAUCUCUUUGGCAUGUUCUAGCCAUUUCUAAUACGUUAUCCCCUGAAGAACAUCGGUGAGCAAUUAUUGAUCAAACCUUUUAAUUUCUAAGGCUUAAUUUCAGGCAAAUAAAAUGAACUGUUUGUAAAACUUUAACUUCUAAUAAUUAAAUCUUUUGUAAUGGUUUUAAAAAAAAUAUUCUCAAAACAGAGAACGCUUUCAGAUCAUAGCUGUGUAAAUCGAACUGAAACAGUGCAUGGAACCUUUCGUUUCCUGUUUUUACUCUCACCUUCUGUAUAGAAUAUGUGUGAAAAUCUUUGAUCAGGAAUUGGUAUAUUUCAAAGAGCUACACAAUGACCAAGAAUACUAUUGACCGACAGUAUACAGAGGGGGUGGAGCUGUAUUGUCAACUAUUACUAGAAAAGAUUUCUUAUUUGAGGGAGGUGGUUAACAGAGGGAUGGCUUUUAUUCGAGGAAAUAAAAUAUUUUGUAUCAUCUUACAAUAGAACUUUGAUUUCCACUUUAAGGUCAAAUCCACAGAGCUAAACUUCCCAGGUUUCCAUAUUUGUAUAUAAAUGUAUGGUUCAGCUACAUGUAAGAAAGACUUGCCAAAAAACUUAUGAAUUACUCAACUUGUUCAGAUCUUAAGUGACAUUUAUAUAACCUCAAGUAUUUGUUAUUUUUGCAUUCCCUAAUACACCUUGUCUGUCUGCCCCCUCCCAAUAUUGUUGCAUAAACUUUGCUUUCAGUAUCUCUCGCGGAAUGCAAAAUGGUGAAUACUGCUCUUCAACAGAUAUCUUUCCAUCAUAAUGAACAAUUCUCUUCAUCGAAUUCUCAUUAACGUAUUGUCUUAAAAGUUAAAUGACUAGAACGCCCAAGAGCAAUGUGAUCAAACAUUUUAAAUUAAAAGUAAUAGAGAAAUAGUGAAGAAUAAUUCUUCACUAUUAUUACAACUUCUAAUCAAAUCUUUGCUUACAUUUUAGAAUAAAACAUUCUCGAAACUGAGAAUUGUUUGAUCUGAGCUGCUUUAAAAUCGAACUGAAUCACUGCAUGAAACUUUUUGUUUUGUGUUCUUAUCUAUGUAUGCAAUAUGUGUGAAAAUAUCCAGUAUGAAUCUAUGUUUUUUAAAGAGCUACACAAACAAGAAGACUAUUGACCGACCAUGGUACAUACAGAGUGGGGGCAGCUGUAGUGCCAACUAUUGAUAGAUAAAGUAUAAAGGAGUGCUGCCAUAUAUUUAUUUGUUAUGGUCUACAGUUCAAGGUUGCUUUUUGAUUUCCAUAAACGGAAAUCGGCUCAUCCUCGGUGUAAGAACCUGUUAAACUCACAAGUGACAUAAAACGGAGAAAACAAAGAAGUAAAAGCAAUAAAACGCAGAAAAACAAAAGGUGCGAAACAAAGAAAAAGUUCACAGGUUCUUACACCCAGGUAAACCCUGGAAAUCGACAGAUUAGACGCCUUACACUACUACAUGAAAAUGACUGCAAUUUGAUUGGCUUAGAGCAGUGGUAUUUCAGCUUAAUUUGAAAUACCUACAUGUGAAAAUUACAACCCUUUUGCAGGUAGAAGUAUAAACAAAUAAUAGCAUGAUUUGUACGUGAUAUUUGGCAUAAAUACCACUCGUGAUAUUUCAAAAUUGUCUCAAAUUUGAAAUUACGUAUAACAAUUUCGAAAUACGACUCGUGGUAUUUAUGCCAAAUAUCACUACAAAUCAUGGUAGUACAAAAACAAAGCCCUUCAUGUCAUAUGUCGUGGUAGCUUGCCCUCGAUCAUGGAAAAAAGAACAUGUUCCCUUUUUAACGAUGAUCAACUCAGUAGUAUAAUAAAUAUGUUAGCUCCCUCGUGAAUUAAACGCUUGUUUCAUUCCAGAAAAUCUGAGGAAAUAUUAAAAAGUUGAACUAGAAAUCAUAUGAGCUUACCCCUAAUAGGUGAAAAGGUGAAAAGCGGUUCCAUAACAGAAAACAAACAGAAAGACCUUACCAAAUCUUCAUCCACUUUGCUGUUUGAUGGAGAAGCACCUUCUUUGCUCUUUUUUUAUUUUUCUCUCCCCGUUAUCUCUAAAAUCUCUCUUUGCGGGAGAACGUUUUGGCAUGGUACAACAGCACCUACAACGCGACGGUUGACAACUGACAAGCGAUCGACCAAGCGAGCUGCAAACAACCCAGCAAGUACGUCAUGUAAGAUCAACUAUUGACCAAUAAAAACGCGGGCUCUAGUAUUGGAGGGUCAUUUUUUGGCCCUCUAUUACAAUCUUCCCCAUGGUAAAGUACCCCCUUUUUGAACGCUUUUAUAGCUCAAAGAAGUUGGAGCCAUCAAGUUUAACUGCGCAGUUCAAAGUUCUGAAUUUGCCAAUGGCCAUCUGGUUUUGGAUUCUAGGCUGGGUUCUUUCCAUUCUGACGAUAACUGGAAAUGGAUUUAUUAUUUUCCUCGUGAGCAGCGAUCGACAACUCCGCACUAAAACCAACGCGUUAAUUGUUUCUCUUGCAUUGGCGGAUUUUUUGGUUGGAGCAACCGUUGUUCCAUUCCUGUUCCUCUGUAUGAUCAUCCUCAAAAAUGGCUGCAUUUGGCCGCGAGAAUGGCCGUCGUGGGUUUAUCUGAUGAGGUGGCUUUUCAGUUAUGCGUCCAUGAUGAACUUGUGCAGUUUGGUGCUUGAUCGCUAUAUUGCCGUCGUUAAACCGCUCAAAUAUGGAACACUUAUGACUUGUCGCCGCGUCAUUCGAGUAAUUUUCUUUUCUUGGGCAAUCCCUGUCGGUUUUGUGACAACUUCACUUUUUUUCGCUUUUUAUGCCACACUAGAUUCAAUAAUUAUUUUUAUAUGCAUAUGCACAAUGUUUUUCGAGAUAGCUUCACUCUGUAUGUUAGUAUUCUUCUUCGCGUCCAUGGUACAUGUGGUGUACAAACACGAUCGACUAGCUGCCAGUUAUGCGAAACAAUUAAGUUUCAACCAUCGGGUUUUGACGUUCAACUCACGCGACAAGUCUGCAGUGACAAUGAUGUCGAUUGUUGUGGGAAUAUUUGUGAUCUGCUACGGAAUAUAUCUUCGCUGUGGUUUUAUAUAUAUUUUUACUCAGAAAUCGUGUGAUGAUUUCCAAUAUAAAACGCUUGUUUUAGUAUUAAACUCCGGCAUCAACCCUUUGGCCUACGCUUUUUUCAAGAGAGACUUGAAGAAGAAGAUUAAGAGACUUCUUUGCCGGAGAGAGAGAAAAUAAAUCAUUCAUGGAUUUGUUGCUGUAGAGUUGAACCCAAGAAAAGAGAAGAAAACAAAAGGUAGAAAGCUUUAAUAUAACCAUUUUGUAUACAUUUUUCAACGACGCUACAGUUGGAACAAUCUCUAUGCCAGUCACCAACUGUCAAUGAGACUAAUGUAAAAAGUGCAAAAUGAUUAUCGUUUACAUUGAAGACUUGUCUGUGAUGAGGCGGCUGCAGACCGUUCUAGAUAUUUUGUCUUACACCGAGAGUAGUUACAUAGCCGUACAGAGGUUUUUCCGUCUCCGUGUCUCGCCCUUGAUAAAGCUGGAUAUCACGAAACCAAAUUAUAUGGUUCUUUCAUUGUUUAAAGAAAGUUUCAUAUAGCCGCUAAGAUGUACGGACUUUGUUUCGCACAAAUUUACCUUUUGAACUAUUUCGAAACCCUAGCCUAUAACCGUAACUGUGUGGCUCUAGCUAUUUCUUUAUUACAAAUGCGAUAAAAUUACACCAAUUAGUAUCGUUAAUAAUGUUUGCGAGCUUUCCCCGCAUCGGUGGCCUUUAAGCGAAAAAGGAUCUAUUAAUAAAACUUCCAGGACGGUUAAUUAUUUGUUAAAUAUAUGUGAAAUGUGUUAAAUAUGGGGGAAAUUGUGAACUUAAUUUCCUUAAAAAGUGUUUUACUAACAUGUAGAUUAUUCAAGUACAUUAAACGUUGUCAUGGCAUGCGGCGAUAUAACCAGAUAUGACGUUAUUGAUGAAAGCUUUUUCAAAAUUAUUUGUCUAUUUUACUUCGAAUUUCACUUUUAAGCCGAUUUUGGCUAAACUACAUACACGUUACUGAAAGCUAAAGGUUUUAUCAAUAUUUAACGAGCGAACUGUUUAUUCAGAGCACUUUUUCAAAUCAUUAUAUUGCAUGUGAAUUAUGUUUAACCAUGGCAAAUCCCCCCCAGUGUCAUAAAAUGUAAUAAACCUUGCAACUGACACUAAAAAAACAACGAAGUCGGGAAGUCGUUAAUUUUUUUGGAUAGUUUCUCUUUAAUUGUUUGCUUUGUGGACCACUUCGUCGAUCUGUGCAGAUUUUGAAAGGAUAAAAAAUGGCGGAAGGCUCUUUUUUAAUAAUCCUUUCUGAUAGCAAGGAAAGGAGAAUCAAGUUUGCGUCAUAUUCAGAGAAACUCGGCUAAUUUGUUUUUCGCCUCCUUUAUUUCCCCAAACCAACUAAAUGAUGUUCGUAAUUUAGUAUUACAAGACAAGUCUUGGUAUGAGAAAAUUUGCUUUAAUAAUAUGUCCUAUUUCUUCAAUAAGUAAGAGUAAAGCUCGUCAGAGACAAAACAAAACAAAAAAUAAACAAACAAGAAGUUUUCCACCUUUCUACAAGUUUAGUGUCCUUCUCAUAGAUUGCUUGAAGAUUAAGUAUGACAUUCAUGGCUCCCGAAAUAGAAUAGUGAAUCCCGUGUUUACUUUGUUAAAGCCCUCAAAGGGAACAACUACGAGUACGAGAUUCGAUUUACAGUUUUCUCGAAUAUUGUCAAGAAAUAGACACCCCGGAAUUCUUCGUUGUCCUUUUUUUCACCAGAAAAAAGGUUGAGACCUUUACCGAUUGCAAAAUGCUAAAACUUUUUUUUGAUAACUUGUUCCCGCCACUACGACAUUAGAGAGCUUUAGAUCCCUUGAGAACGAGUACUUGUAGGAGAUUUAACUUCAAGUUUUUGCUCGUGUUCUCAAAAAAAAAAAAAAAGACAUCCCGGAAAGCUUCAUUUUACUUUUUUUCACCUACAAAGAUAGUACGGUUAUUUAUACCGAGAGGAGGUUAAGCCCUCUCCCGAUAGUAAAAUGACAAAACUUCUUAAAUUUGAUAACUUGUUCCCGCCUCUAUGACAUUCUCGUUAAAACUCGUAGUAGAGUGACGACGGCUAUCACGUUUUCCCGCCAAAAUGACGCUGGUACUCGUCUCAGAAUCUAAGGGCGCUUUCCAUUUACGAAAAAAACUCGGAAAUUUCGGUGGUAGCAAAAGUGGAAUUUCCGGUUGGUAAAAAGUUGUUCCAUUUGGUCGUAAGCCCCGGUACGUGGCGCGGUGCCCGACCGUGGACCUGGAACUGGUACAAACUACGAGAAACGUAAAUGGAACACGACAUUCCGUUCGGAAAUUCCAACCGGGAAAACGGGACCACCUUUUUAGAUUUUCCACUUUUUCUGGGAAUUUUCCAGUGGGACGAACCGACGAAACGUGUUCCAUUUACCGCCGAACCGGAAAUUCCGGAAAUUUUGACUAAAUGGAAAGCGCCCUAAAGCUCUUUAUUCUCGUUAAAACUCGUAGUAGAAUGACGACGGCUACCACGUUUUCCCGCCGAAAUGACGCUGCUUCACGCGCGAGCACUACUUACUAUUCAGAAAAUGUCGUACUCGCAGUCGUUCUCGUCUUAAGGAAUCUAAGUCUCUCUAAUUAUAGUACGUUUAACAAAGUGCGGCAAAGGUUAACUCAGUGGGUACCAGUAACUAAAAACCUGACUAUAUUAUUGUGUUAACUACUUGUUCCCACAGUGAUGACCAGGACGAGUUGUAUCGGACAAGAAUGGCAAAGGUAGAACACCUAAACAUCUUGAUAAUUUGUUUACAGUGGAAGUGCACUUAGCUGCAUAUAGUUUGCAGGCACUCCACUCAAGUUAUCUAAUAAUGUUUUUGUGAAGUGUUAUGAGGCCUUAGGCCUCAACUGAUAACAAUUAUGGAGGCUUUGAUUAGUCCAGAUGUCACAAAAAACGAAUUUCGUAAUUGUUUCUAUUAUACAUUGUUUUCGACAAAAUAACGACGAACGCACCGUAUCACGGAACACAGUUUGAUAUUUCUCUUGGAAAUCAUGCUAAACCGCUUUGCACUGUGUAGUGUAGCAAGACUUGUCUUGGGCCCUGUCCACGCUGAUGUCUUCUCAAAAGUAUGCGUUUUCGUUGUCUUCGAAAACGCAUCGAUAGAUUCGCGUCCACACUACCGUUUUGAUGCGUUUUCGAAUGUCCACACUAAAACGUUCGAAAACGAUAGAAUUAAACGAUUUCACUUAUGCGCAUGCCCGAGUAUGCCCGGGUACAACCCACGUGGUAGAAAUGGCGUCAUCGUUUUUCAUUUUGAUGCGUUUUCGACAGUCCACGUUAAUACGAUAUGUCAGUAUGCGUUUUCGUUUUGAUCCACCUUCAAGAGCAUUUUCAAAUCGAUGCGUUUUCGAUGAAAACGCUCAGCGUAUUAGUGUGGUCGGAAAGCCUAAACGCAUCGAAAUGCAUGCGUUUUCAAAACGAAAACGCUCUUUUUUGGACAGGGUGUUAUUCUCUGUAUAAACGCUGUUUUUUUUUUCAGCUUGUGCUUGUGGCCAAUGAAUUAACACUGGACAAGUUGCUCACAGCGAAGUCAAAGUCCUCGUCCAGUCUCUCCCCUGCUAGUUCACCCCGAGGGUGAGUAUGUGUGUAUUUUAUGUUGUUUUUAUUCUUGCAAAAGAUUAAGCCUAGUUUUUGUGCGCUAUAUGUUGGAGAUCCCCAAAGUUGUGACAAGCAUUAUUUUAAUUUGCGAUGGGGAAGACUGAAACUAAUAAGUUAUAGGACUGGUACCAAGCCAAAACUAUAGCUAUGCCUGAACUUUCCCUCCCCCCUCCCCUUCAUUCAAAGCUGGGGUGUUUGUUGUUUCCUAUAGGUAGCCCGAACUGCGGCACAACAUUGCGUGGAGGGGAUAGGAGAGGAAAAGCUUUACUUUCCCCUCUGGAAGGCAGUAAAGUUUAGGGCGAAGUGUCUCAACUUAUUUUGUCGCCGAUUGUGUAUUGCUGUAAGCGAUCACAUUUAGGGAAUGUCCUACUGGACCUAAUCGUGUCGUACCAAAAUUAUCAAAUAACAAUGAAACAACAAGUGCUUGAUAAAACACGAAGCUCCUUUCGAGUGUUUUGUGUUUCCCAUAGAUUCUCAACAGAUUUUCUUUUUUUUUUUGCAGUGGUGGAUCAGUUGUGUCCCCUCUUCGAGGGAGUGGAUUUUCCAGUCAGUAUCUGGCCACUGAUAUCGAGUACCUUCACCGCAUUAGCUGUGAUCAGACUAUCCAUGGUGACUUCACAUUCGAAAUGGCUAUAAGAGGUGCUUGUUCCUAUUAUGGUGGUGUCCACUGAGUUGAUUGUUAUCUGAUUAACCAAUCAUAGCUCGAACCGAAUACAUGAACCUGUUGCCAAGCGCGGGAAAAACCGUGCGAUCUGUUCCCGGGAUCGGUAUUGUCUUCUCUUGAAUGGCUGGAAAAGUGGUGCCACAUUUUUUUAACCAACUACAAAGUGAAAAAAAUGCAAAAUUGCUCUUUUUGACACACUAUUGAAAACUGGUUUAUGUACAUGCUUUUGUGUUAGAAGGAGAAUGAUUUAACACCUGAAAAAAACUUUUACACGGCAUAGUACAUUAAAGGUGACUUAAACAAGAUGAGCAAUGGACUCGUAGAGUAAUGGAUUUGCUUACGUUUCUGUAGUGAAUUGGAUGAGAGCUAGACACCUGAUGUUACAGGGACAAAUGGAUUAUGCCAUGAUGUACUUGGACAGGGUAAGGCUCAGUAGAGACUUAGCGAUAUGUGAAUUGUGUCUGAGAUUUGGAGCUAUAUCUCGGCUCAAACACAACGUAAACUCAUCUCCGUCCUGUCUUUACAGACUUCAAAGUUCCUGACUCUAAAGGUGAAUUCCAUCCAGGGACCUACCACAGUCAAGCUAGUGAACUGUAAAGUUGAUAACCUUAUUACACUUGGUAUGUAAAGGUUUUAAAGUGUUAAGAGUUUCCUCUAUGUAAAAUUGAACCACUGGUAAACGAGUUACUCUCUAAGGGCGCCUCCCAUUUGUCAGAACUGGCUAGCCAGACCAGUCCAGUGGUCAGGGGAAUUCCAACAUUAAUCAGGACUAUCCAGAUUAUUUCUAAAUGGUGUAUGCAAGGCAGUGAUGGGUUUAAUAAGCCGGCCAGUUCUGACUUUGGGAAAGCGCCCAAAGAUAAAUACCGAUGGCAGUGUCCCUCUUAAGAAUAGCUAAUACCAACGUAAGAUGUUCUUCUCAUGGAGUGUCCGUUGACGGAGAGAGAGAUUAUGUAUGUUGAAGACUUGAAUGUUAGAUGCUUCAAAGGAAGCGGAAUUGAAAUGGUGAAUCCCACUACUUGAAGCCAUAGCUGGUUGAUUCUUGAGUUCAAGGUAUGGAGCUCGUUUAUGGUUCUGCUAGCUGUUCAGAUCCCUUCUGCAAUACAGCUGUAUGUAACCUUAAUAGGCUUUUUCAGGUGAUCGAUGUUCAUGUUACUUCUCUAUUCUGCUCAUCAAAAUUAAUUCAUCGUCGUCAAUUUAUAACGUGGUUUAGGAAUUCUUUAAGCGCUGAGGUGAAUUCAAAUUGUGUUUGUUGUGUUUCAGAUCAAGUUCAGAAAAAACUUGAAUCGCUGCAAAGAUGUCAGUCAUUAGAAGAGGUAAAUUAUUUUCAGUAACAAAGUUUUUAAUCCAUAAAACUCGUAGAGUUUGACGACGGAACUCAGUUCAGGCUAGUUAGUUUGUUAUCUGGUAACUAUUUGGACAAAAAGAGCUAAAACUAGGAACUCAACGUCAACGCUUUGUUUCGUUUCCACAACCUUUCGGUCCCGGGCAUGCACACAAAAGCUUCGUUAAUACGGGCAUCAAAAACGUGCAACUUUUUUUGUAACGUUGCUGCAAAACGAGUUGAAUAGCGAUGUUGCCCGUUUUACCACCCAUGUUCAAACCUGUCAACAACCCGAUUUGUUGCAAGACAGGUUUGAUGUGGGUGGUGAAACGCUCAACAUGGCUAUUCAACUCGUUUAGUAGCAAUGUUGCGAGAAAAUUUGCUUUUUUUGAUGCCCUCUUUACUGGACAUUAAGCAGGAAAUUAUAACAGUCUUGAUAGAUUUUAUUGCUUCACGUUCUUUUCGCUUCUCUUCUUCCCUGCACGUUUUCCUUCUCUAGGUUUUAACUAGGCAUUGUUCCAGUACGAUAGACAUUUUGUGACUUUUUUUUCGUGAUUUUUUUUUAGAAAAGGACUAUCAGUGGGAAGGGAGACGAAAUUUUCAUCGAGAGAAACGGUCGGACGUUUACGCAUAUGAAUAAGCUAUUGUGUCGUACUAUUCAAGCAUGUAUGCACCCUGAAAACGGCAUAAUACUAAAGAAAAAAAGGGCGUUUUGAGGCAAAAAAGAGACUAGCAUCGUUUCAAAGAUGCUGUUGUAUUCUGUUUAUCACUAACUUGUAUGUUUGUUCAGGUGCAUCGCCUUUAUGAGUCAGGUCACUAUGAAGAUGUGGUACAGCUCUUGAUGCCUACUCUCUAUCAGCCCCAACCAAAAACGAAGGUACGCUCCUACUCGAUAGAAUAUUUGCAGUAUGAUGCCUAAUGUGUUUUAAGGCGUAUUUUAUUUCACGUUAUGUUUGUCAACAAACCUUCUUAAUUUGCAAACCUCCAAUCAAUUAUCACAGUGACUCAAAUACUCUUACGCCCAUGAGCUAUACAUAUCUUUGAACAGAAUGCUCCUUGAUGUCCCAGGCCAUAGGUGGCUCGCCAAAAGAGCCAAAAACACAAUGUAUAGCUUUGAAAAAAUCAAAUGAACUUAACACUCUCGGCUAUCAGGGAAAGUCACUAGUUUUCAGUCUUGAGCCAAAUGUAAAUCAAUAGUUGAACAAUUGUUCCUUCAUUCCAAAUAUUAUCCCCAUCAAAGUGACCUCAAUUAUUUUGUUUUGUACAUUAUCUAACUAUGUUACAAGGUCAGCGAACUUGGCAUGUCAAUACCUGAAAGACCGGCUCAGUUGCUGUUACUACAGGACUCGCUCAUUAAACUCAAGGACUACGAGGUUUGUAAAGUUGUUCUCUUGUGAUGUUUUUGCCUGCUUCUCUCGUGUAAGCAAAUAACACAUAUUCAUAAAUUUAAGGUGAAAUGUUACUCUCUAGACUUCCUAAAAAUCUGUUUUGGGUGGGGCAUUGGUCAGGAAGUCUUCAAAGAAGUCGACUUGCGGGCAAGUGCAGUUACUAACCCAAAACAUAAAGCAAGUACAAUUCAAACGUUGUCGACUCUCCAUCCAAACUCAACGAAGUUCGUUGUGUUCCAAGGUGGGGGACCCAAGGUAGGUGAGGUAAUUCGCUCAGGUGGGGUAACCCGCCUGUUCAUAUAAUCUCUCAUUUUAAUUUGAUCACGUUUACAUGAUAGGUGGGGUGACCCGCCAAGGCGGAUAGCCCGGUCUAACAGACCGGGUUACCCUCUCAGCUGGGGUCAAACGGGUAACCCGCCUGGCCGGGGUCGUAUUCGUGAUACAUCAAAUUCGCGCAAAAUUCACUUUGGCGGUGGCUUUGCAUCAUCAUUAAAGUUAACAAUAGAAAGCCAUUGCACUAAAGGUUGCAGCAAGAGCAACAAGUGAGUGUAAAAGUGCAUUAAUCGCCAAAACUCGUGGUUUGCCAGUAUUUUUCUUGUUUACGUGCUUAGCGACCAUUCAAUAAUCUUGAGAAAGUGCACCCCGGGAUGGCGGGGUUGUAAGAUUGCAUGUAAAGGAGGGUUAUUUUUUUACCCCACCUAAGCAGGUUACCUCACCUACCUGGGGUCCCUCACCUCCCUGUAAACACGACCUAAACCUAUUGCAUUUUUGCCGUUCUCGUUGAGGUCGCCGUCGUUGUUGCUUCAGCUCCCUAUUAACAAAAUGAACUAGACAGCCGUGACACAGCCCCUUCAAGUAUCUGAGUCAAGCGUUUUCUUCACUUGUUUUCUCAGCAAUGUUUGACGUGUUCAGAGGUUGCUCUGAAUGAGGCAGUGUCACAAAUGAGUCCGUGCGAGGCCUGGUCCACAACUCUCUCUAGACUCUUUGCAUGCAUCGAUAGGUAAGUCAUAAAACCUUUCUGUACGUUUAAAGGUUUUAAUACGUCGUGGCUUUUGUUACGUAGAAGACAAUAGAUACCUUCCCAACAGCCUUGAUAUUUUUUAACCAUCUUUAAUGUAACUUUUUGUCAGGUUCCUGAUAUUUGUCAUCUCUUUUCUUUACCACGUGUUUUUCUCAUUAAAAACCAAGUAGGACUUGCGUAGCCAAUCCUGAAAGGACCGUAUUUUUUGUGAUUAAUGCGGUUAAGAACAAGACAGGUUAGGGUCAAACUUCAAUUGAAAGAGGCUUGGGCUCCUUUUGCAAAUUACAGACAGCCGUGAAUAAACAACUCUUGACUAUGUUUAACUAAACUCUAAACAAAAUAAACAUACGGCGUUUAUUACUUUCAAUGUACAGCGCAUUUAUCAUUUCUCUUUGAAAUGAAUAAAUCAAUAAAAUAUGGAAGAAUUGACGUGAAAUCUUUUUUUUUCCCUAGGAGUAUUUUGGAGUGUAAGGAUGUGUUGGAUAAGAUUUCUCAAGACAAACUCAACAGACUUACUCACAAUAUCGUCAAAGUGAGUAAUGCUUAAACUUUCAUCAAAAACAGGGACCAAUAAAGACUACUAGGAUAUAUGAAAUUGAAAAGAAAUAUAGAACAAAAUGAUAUCUUAAUGCAUGUACAAUUUUCAAGGUCUCUCUGUAGUAAGUACUGGCCAACAAUUUUCGACCUGUAAGAUUUCAGUUUUGUUAUAUUCUUAUGUAUAAAAUUUUAAUUUAUCAGGACCCCCAUUGGUAUCAGCUCUGCUGGAGGGGCAAAUCCUGUCUGAAUAUCGGUAAAUAAUAAUGAAAAAAAAAAUACUUAUAAUAAUGACGAUGAUUCUGCGCUCUUAGAAGCAAACGUGAUGGUUUUCAGUUCGUUCUUGAUCUUUUACGUGCGGAGAGAUUUAAUUCGUACUAUUCUUCAAAAAGGUCCUAGAAGCUUCCAUGAAUUCAUCUGAGAGCAGCUCUGAGCCGCCACUAGCAACUGCCAAACCCUGGGUUAUACUCUACCGGAUCAUUAAACAGUAAGUGUUCGUAAGUGUCGCUUCACAGACUGGAUUAUAUCAAAGGGCUUAGUAUUAACUACAAUCAUGGACAAAAGUCCGGGGAUAAAUCUGUAUUUGUGGGGCUUUUGUUAAAUCACACAUGCCCAACCUCUCCCAAGCUCCCAAACAACGUUGGACGCCUGUACCCAGGAUUUCCCCGGAGUUUCAAUAUUGCAUAGGGUUGGUGGGAAGGGAGGCGGGGGGGGAGAACUGCAAGGUAUUUUCCAAAAGAAGGCACCCCGAAAUUACAGAUAGUAAUUACGAAUAUCAUCACCGCUUGUGCAUCACCGUCCCAAGGAUUUUUUUCCCAGGAUUAUAAUUCCAAUGAAAUUAGAGUUUUUAAAGAGCCACGUGGCCACAGUUCACCAGAACGAAGUACGCCUGCGUACGGCUAAAACUAUACGGUACAGGAUAAUAAGGGGGGGGGGGGGGGUUUUAGUCUCCUUCGUCUCACAGCUAUAAAACAGUGUUGGACUGAUGUUCUGACCUUCUGAUUAAGACAUUAUCCGCAUUAUGAACAAGUGCAUAGCAGAAGGGUUGAUAUGACACAAGUCGAUUCCGUCCUCACUCUCUCUCAAAUACCAGGCAGUUUUAGAAUAUGAUAUUUAAGAGUUCUAGUGCAAACAUCCAUGAGUGUUUCAACUUAAGAAAAAGUAAGAAUCGAGCAAAACCUAGUAUUCAUUGAGAAGAGUAACUCGAGGUAUUUCUGCUCAGAAGUGUUUUCAUUUUCCUCCUUUUGAAGCCAGGAAAAGAAUGCUGAGUUAGAGGAUAAAACGACCAAGACCAGUGACCCGAUUGCACCGCCAUCCAUUGACUCUCCAGUGCCUGAACCCACGAGCAAUAAUAACGUAAACAGCAGUAGUGUUAUCAGUGACGUGCCUGUAAAGAACCUAUCACCAUCUCUAAAGUUUUUACGCACUGCGCAUGAACAUCUUGGCAGGUUAGUGGAAACCUCUUCUUCUUGCGCUCUGUUGAAACGGUAGGGAGCUUAAGCGUUCACGGCGGCCAGGGCAACGAGAACCUCAAACAAACAAACAAACAAACAAACAUACAAAUGGUAUGGUAAAAAACCUAUUACAAAACGUACAUGAAUAUACGUACACAUACGAACAUUCCCUUAGAAUAUAAGCCAAAAUUUAAUGGGUUAUGGCGUCUUUAGAAAACACCCAUCAUUAUCCAAGACUCAGGCCUGUAAAAACGUUGAGUUAAAUGUAUCUAAAAAUUGUGACGCGCUUUUCUACCUCAUGACCCCCUUCUAGCUUCUCUAUGGGUCCUUUGGACCCCAGUGUACGAAAUCGUGAUAAGAACACUGUUUUAUGUCUUAUUUGGAAGAAGGGUUCUAAGAAUGAAUUAGGCGUGCCUGCAUUGUUGACUGUGAAAACACUGUCUUCUUCAGGCGUGGUUGGUGUUGUAAUAACGAAGGAGCUUUCUUACUGCUUAAAGUAGAAGUUCUCACCAAGGAGCUUGCUAAACCAGUGGUCAACGCCCGAGAGGUUUGUCUUUUUUAGAAUUCUUGUGUUGUCUCUUACAUGUGUCAGUCGUCUUCAUAACGGGCGUGCCACGGGAGCGCUAGGUGGGGAACAAGGGAUGAUGGGAAGUCGUAAGAGUAGAAUAUGAAGUUUUUCUCUCGUGCUUUCUCUCUACCCAUCACACCUCGCGCUGGCGUGCCACGCGCAUUAGGGACCUUGAGAUCUGACAACGGCGACGAGAACGUAAAAAAAGCAAUAGGUUCGGUUAGCAAAACAACAACUUUGCACGUGCAUCACGCUUUUUGUUUGUACAUUUCUUUGCCGUCACUGCACGACUACGACAUGAAAAUGCGUAGUUUCACGUUCUAAGGAGGACGUAAACAAGCCACGACGAGGCUUUCUUUUUCCUUCUGAACUUAGAUAUGGUUCUUAGGGAUUCAAUUCCAGAAGAGUUCGCCUACAUUGCACAGAGUAAGUAGUUGGAAUAAUCGCAAUGAAGAUUAAAAGAACGCGAAAUCACUUUUAAAGCGACGUUUUCGCCUCCGUCGCCGUCCUCAGAUCUUAAGCUUCCUUUUAUGAAGACGGCUUGGGACGAGUCAUCUAUGGUAACAAUUGAGCACUGUAUCAUUUAGUAAGUGCGUUACUUUCAUGAAACGCUUUGUUACCAACGUCAGGAUUGGCAGGUUGUUACAGGCGUUCAAAAAAUGGGUGUGGGCAGAAGAAAAUUGUGACAAAAGCAAAUAACACUAACAGGCAGCUUCCCGUUAGAAAUAUUUUCCGUUUUGGUGCUGGCGUUUGUUUUACCCCACAGUGUUAGAACCUACAAAAGGCUAUAAACGUCCCGUAUAACUUGAGUUGUUCUUUCCUGUUAACCUGUAAAUGAUUCUGUAAAUACCGAUUGUGUAGGGAAGGUCAACCAACGAAUUCGUAUAAAUUCUUUUCAAUUGUAUUUAGAAAUGGAGAAAGGGAUAUUUAUUUCGAAAUAUUGAGGAAAUGGAGAAGUCAAAUUUGUUUUGUGAAAUGUUUUAUGUUUGAAUAAGCAAAGUCUUGUCCAUUUUUCUGUUUUUGUGAGGCAUAUUUGACGGCACUUGUAUGGUAUUCUCAUUUGUUUUGUUUACACCAGGAGCUUGUCCGAGACUUAGAACAGUGUUUCUUGUGUUUGUAUGGACAUCCAUCUAAGAAGGCCAAGGUAUGCGAAUAGUUCCGUCCUUUGUCAAUUGUUUAUUCAAUCAAUAGAGAAAAACGGUAGGGUUGGUAAACCAGUAAACCGCUGGACUGUAGAGCAGGAUUCGUGGGUUAUAUUGCCCGGGGCCGGACCAACACUCAGGGUCUGAAGAUAAAAUUGUGAAGUGAACAUUUUCAUUUCUGCCUUUGCAACGCCACAGGAGAAAUAAAACCUUCGUGCCAAAUACAGUGGCCAAAACCUCAAUAAAGAAGGGGUUUUGUUAUUUGUUUUGUCUUUUUUAAAAUUCAUCUUGCUAUUAUUGUCUUUGGUGCCAUUCGCGUGGUUGAAAUUAAAAGGUAAUAUAUUUACCUCAUUUAAACUUUCUUUUCAAUUAGGCUCGUGGUCUCUUGGAACACAAUUCAUCGCAGGUGAGCUUUUUCUCAUCGAUUCUUUUUUUUUUUAGCUCUUUUCACAGUUAGGUCAAAGCCUUUUGUGGCAACAACCUGUCGUAAUCCAUCACGUUCACUUGAACGCUAUUCUUCUCAUUUUUUUUUUUGGGAUAGUUAAACGAUCUCUCGCCCCUUUAUUCAAUGGGAGAAAGCACUUUUCUGAUCAAACAAAAAUUUCUUCUCCUGUAUUAGAACUUACGUAUUCCAACGUAUUGUUGGAAUUUCCAGUCUUAAAUUGCGUUUUACUGUACAAAUUUUCGAUCAAAGUUUAUUUCACUUUACUGUUGUAAGUGAUGGCGCCACGUGAAGCAGUUGCUAUUUUAGGUGGACAAGUUAGCAUGAAAGGUUUUCAUUUACCCCAAGUUUGACUGCGGCUGCUGAAAAAGUGUCUUGCCUUUUCAAUGCCUGUCUUUUUACUUUUCGCAGUUCUUGAAGAAGUAUUAAGUUUUUUUAAUUUUCUAUUGGUCUUCUUCACAGCUUCCUUUAACUUGGAGUAACUCGGUAGUAGUGUUUGAUUACUUCAAGCCACCUGAACUACCCACUUUUGACAGCAAAGCUAACACCAUCUCUGCAGAGGUGAGACUAUUUGCUGCCUUCUGUUUAGCCUUUGGCGACAAACUAAAUGGGCAAUUUAGCCGGUGUGGCCAAUGUCCCAAAGAGAAAGAGGAGGAGCGGAACGCCUACUCUCUCUCCUCCGCAGAAGGACUCCCGCUGGGUAUUUCCAAUAAAAAGUAGUAAGCGCGCGUGCCUUCCGAAAUAUUGGUGACAAAACAUAUAUAUAUACUCCCGACAGUAAAAUCAGCCUUGCUACUUUUGUUCAAUAAGCGCGCGGUGGACGAUGGGAAGAGAAAAACCUUCCCAUCUCCCCCGCGCGCUUUCUUUUUUUCCCGCCCCAGCAGGAGCGGAACGCCUCUGUUAGAGACAUUGUUUGGGCCGUUCUGGUGCGCCCCUCCUCUUUUCUUUUGAAACGCCUACCAUGCAGUAGGAGGUAGAAUAGUUUUUAAAUCAGUAAAACCAAAGAAAUAAUCUGUAGUAAUUAAAAUCAAUUUUUAUCUCACUGACCGAUCUCGUGAUUCUCGUGUCCAAUCUUGCAGGUGCAGAAUCUUCUUCGAAGGAUUACAAUGGUGAUUCCACAACAAGAACUUGAAGGUACUAAAUUAUAAUAAUCGAGAGGACUGAAUGUUUUGGUCAAUCAUGGGAUGUUGUGUGAUAUAUUUUUUAUGUGGCUAAAAAUCAUUUAGCCAAAGUUAAACUCGAGCGAGUUGGCCAUCGGCCUUCUCCCACUUCAGUAUGUGACCUACGGGGUGGCCCGCGGGGAAUUGCAGGGCUCCUUGAGUGCUCUUUUGCUAGUGUUGCUUUGCAUUGUAGCUUUGCUUGCUGAUCGAGUUUAAUGGUGUAUUGCACUUUGCGUAAUGGUGUCUUGUCUUAAAAUUGGCUUUAUUUUCUCCUUCCAGCUAUUAGUUUCGAAAGUGUGCAAUCGUUUAUCGAGGGUGGAGAUGAACCAGUCCCAAAACUGCCUGAUCACCUUAUUGGUGUCAAAAGGUACGCUAUCAUGCUAUGCUUUGAUUGAUUAAAUUUAUCUUGUUGAUCGUGUCCUUAAAUUGGGGACCACUCUGAUAUAUAAAGCGUUGUCAUGACAAGAAGGAAUUUGAUUCUCUUCACCCUCAGGGCUUAAAAGGAUAACAGCCCUGGAGGGGAGGGGAUCUCCCAUGUGGAAGGGGCAGGGAUACUUGUCGAACAUUUUGAACUAAACCCAUAAAGGAGGCCAUUCUGGGCGUGGUUCAACCUUUUUUGACCCCUAAAAGAUCAUUUAAAGAGGCGAUUUGAACUUUGAUUACAAGAAUCGGCUAAAUAAAACUAAUUGAAGAUAUAUAAUUUAUUAAUAUUUGUUCACGUGUAACCCUAAAAGAGACCUUUACGGCUAAAUAUAAUGGCGUUUUGCCCAAAACACCCUAAGUGAGACCAAAAUCCGAAAUUUACACCCCUAAGCGAGACGCGAGCAUCCUCGCCCCUUUCAUGUGGGAGUCCCUCUCCCCCGGGGGUUAACAGGCACAAUUUAAUAAGAAUUACAUAUAACAGAGCAACUGUGCUGUAGAUUACACUUUAUAUUUAGGUCAAUACCUUCAAUUAUUACACCAGCGUCUGUUAUACUGACAGCACAUCUUUUACUUCUCUUUUUUGCUGUAACUAGUCGUGCCUUGGUUUUUUUUCCAAUACUCCUUUGAUUUUAUUCCAUAUUUUUGUUUAUUUUUGCAGACCUGUGAUUAGCGAAAUCUUCUAUUUACUGGCUGACUUCUAUUUCAAGAACAAAGAAUUCAGGUAAUUGUCACAUAGGUUAUGUACUUGUCAAUUUACGAAAGCUAUAAGAGGGCUAAAAGUUUGUCGUUUGAACUCCAUCUUCCCCAUUUUAAAUUAUUCUUUGUUGUCUUUGGUUGAUUUCACCUUUCAGGAAAUUUGAAAGAUUUUAGAAAUCUAAGCAUCUUCCCACAAAAUAUAUUUGAGAGAAUUCGAGAAACGACAAAAUAAAUCUUGAAUGAGUUUGUAGCCAGUUUAGGAAUAUUCCUCAAGGUAGAUAUCUUAACCUCUGAUAUACAAAGUAGCUGUAACGUUUGAGUCAUGCGAAUGAAACGUCUUGAUCAGAACUAUUAACGUGGCAACAUUUGGUGUUGAACUUUAGCACUAGCCACUCUUAGCAUGGAAAGACGUAUCGAAUGAUUAUUCACAAAUGCACGGAAUUCCUGUCUGUUGUCUGAUUUUCUGCAAUACUCCAAUUUUUACUAACUGUCUGAAAGACUCUCAUUUGUAAUUUUCCGAAAUUUGCACAUCACCAAACUUAUACCUGCGCACCCCCCCAACUUACUUAGAGAUCCCAGCUACAUUACUGAUGCUGUGCAUCUUUGAAGUACUAUCCUAGGAAAGCUUUCUACAGCUUGAUCGAUUUUGUUUGUAUGUUUUCAGCAAAGCCCUCAAGUUCUAUAUGCACGAUGUGUCAGUUCAGCCUGACAGAGCGGACACAUGGGCCGCCAUGGCUCUCGCUCGGAAAAGUAGACUAGAGAACAAGUUAAAUGCGGUAGUUUAUAUCACUCUCUUUCUUCUUUCAUCGUAAAAUUCACUUCAUGUCGUGUUCGUUAAUAGAAUGACACGAAGUAAACAACGAGUUUUCCCUGUGGUUGGCGGUAUUAAUAUUUGCACAUAUACCAGAAUAACAUUUUCUCACUGCGUCAAAUACGUUCCCGGAGCGUAGGCAUACGUUUUUUUCAGAGUUAAGCUUAUUGUAGGCCUCUGCCUCCAUUGUCUUACCUUUUUUUCUACACCUUUAGCGUGAGACAUGCAUAUUUUUUAUUUCGUGCAGGCUCAGAGCCGGAAGUAAGGAGUGCUAAAAAUUGUUUGGGCGCAACCUCGUCCCCAGGGUCCUCUCUCUCGCGCUCCGGGGGACAGGAAGGAGAGGAACCUGGAAACGAGAUUGGGUUGGGGUGGUCUUCACCGAAGAGGUUCCUCCCAGCGCGAAUUGCAUCAACAAUGUGAAGGUCAUUUUUAUGCUAUGACGAGGGUUCCUGUCUAAUAUAACUGUACUCUAUUUAUUCCUUUUCACAUGUUUCUGGUUUUUCAGUGUGAGCCCAAAAGUGAAGGACCGAUACAAAAACUUGCAGUUUCUGCUCUUAGGUAAGUCCAUAAUUCACUUCUUCUAAUCGCAUGAUAAAAAAUUUACAGCCUUUGUUAUCAAUUGUAAGUUAUGGCAUGAAGUUAAAGUCAGUCAACCCCUGCUAUGCGGCUUUAGUCGUUUACUUCCUCUCAGUUGCGUUAAAAAAUAAAGGACAACUCAGGACAAGUUGUCUUGAGCCCUUAUGUCUAUCUCCUUCUUUUUAGUUUCUGGCUUGAUACCUACUUGGUCACAUUUUAUAGCGGCCUGUAAUGUUAAACGAAAGUUAUGACACUUCUAUGGAGGCUGUAACUCGAACAAAACACGAGAAAUGUCUUAUUCCAAGUAGCCAUCUAUUUUACAUUUCUUUAUAAAAAGGAACAAAAUAUAACAAUAUUUGUUUGUUCCAUUAAUUAGAAGAUUACAAUUUUGCACGAAUCUUCAGUUCAAUCAUAUCGAAAACUUCGACAAGCCAAAAAAAAAAUUCCCGAAAGAACGUUCAGAUCGAAGACCAAAAGCUGUAAAUAUUUAGAUUUCAGUAGGAGAAAUUCUUUUUAUUUCUUUGGUUAUACAUAAUGAGGUUUAUUUUAUACCCCUUUCUUUUCAGAUGUUUCAAAAGAGCGUUGGAGAUUGACGGUUCAAACAGCAGUUUGUGGGAGGAGGUUUGUUGAACAUCUUUUUUUGCAUUUUUCGCUGCUCUGACUAAAGAAACAACGCAUGAACUAAGUAUUUUAAUCAUACUGAAUACUGUUCGAUAAAAAAAAAUCAUUGUCUCAUUUUUGUUCUACAGUACGGGACACUUUGCUACGUAUUAUAUUCCCAUGCCUCCAGGCAGCUCAACCAGGUACGUACUCAUUGCUACUUUUGUACUCAUUAAUUAAAAACAAAUACAGUAUAGUUUUCUCGUAAUGGCAGGAUACAGGUAAUAAUUGAUGAUGAAAAGAGAAACGUUAAUGAAAAAGAACUGGUAGUUUCGUUAGGGUUGAUUGGUGAAUUUUAUAGUUAGAAUGCGUGUCAAAAUGUAUGUUGUGAGAACCCGUUAACACGGAGAGAAGCGACGACCGGAAAUACGUCUGCAGUUCGCAGGCUGCGUUUACACGGUUCCGGACAAAUUUUUCAACGGACGAUUAUUUUUACUUGUGCAACCCAUUUCCACGGAACUUUGCAACUUAUGUUACAGAUUGCAGUAUUGUCUGUCGUUAAAAAACUAACACAGUUCCGCGGGUCUCGUGUAAACGAAAGUCAAAACCGUGCAAGUUUUUUGUCCGUUCAAAACUUUUUUCCGGAGUUGUUUUUAUUUUUUCAACAUUUGUUCUUUUUGUCUAGUUUGAUAAAGACGAAAUGUCAUCAGACAGUCGUGCGGCGUUAGUCCAGCGACGUGACGAGAUGUUGUUGUUAUCCGAGCGAUGCUUUACCUCUGCUUUGGGUAUUGAAGAUGGUGAAGCUUGGCUUCAUCACUAUAUCUUGGGAAAGAUCUCAGAAAAGCUUCAAAAACCUCCUGGCAUCUAUCUUGAGCAUUAUCAAAAGGUAAAUGAACAUGUAGGCAUUUCUUAAGUCUGUCGGGUGCUUCACGAAAAAUGUGAAAACUUUUUAGGCUCGAACAGUUGUAUUAUGCUUGGAGAGGGUGUUUUGCCGCCGUAAGGGGGCGCAGUUUUUAGAGUGCUGAUCUGCUGAGCAGAGAAAUCGUAAGGGUUAAGGGUUAGUACAGGCAUUAACAUAGAGGAUUAUUUUACAGAACUAAGGAAACAACAAUGCCGCGGUUAUUCAAAAAUGUCUCAAACAUCUCUUUAUUAGAGAAAAUGAUGUUUACUUCUAACUCGUAACCUUAAAAGUGAAACUUAAUUCAGUGGUUUGUUCACUAUUUACAUGACUUUUUCUUGUCUGUUCUUUAUUUUUUAGAGUGCAAAAUAUUUGGAUGACGAUAUUUCAAGUUACCCCAGAAAAAUUUCUUACUACAGUCCACCUGAUCAUUCACUAGAAGCACUGGAGGUAACAGAAACUAACCUUUUUAUGUUGUUGUUUUUUUGAUAUAUAUAUAUUUUUCUUUUCGCUAUUGACUUCUUUCCCUUUCUUUCUACUUCAGACCCGUAUCUUCUGCUUCGCAAGGCUCUGCGAUUCACGUAUUUCUGGUUAAACAUAGAAAAAUAGACCUCUCCGCGGUUUUUUGUUCAACUUUUGACGUGGACAAGUAAGGGAAAAUCCGUCAACUCCCCUUGAAAGAGUGCGUUUAAAUUAAUAAAAUGGCCAAAUUUGAAAGUGAUUUGUUGAAAACUAACGAAGAUAUAACUCCUAAAAGUCGCAAAAUUUUACAGACGUCUGUAUGGUGGGGGUGUGGGGCACAAACUUACCCCCCACAAUGCAAACGUCUGUAAAUUUUCGAACCUUUGCAGAGCUAUAUGUUCGCUCUCUUAAGACGCAUCACUUUUAAACUUGGCAGUUUUACUAAUUUUAGGGCGCUAUUUUAAGUGCUGUCGACGGAUUUUCCCUUGCUUGUCCAUAUCAAAAGUUGAAAAAACGGUGAAAUGGUCUAUUCCAGAUAAGGUUUCUUUAGUGUGUAAGGUUCAUUAGGUAUCAUAUUCCCUUCUGAGAUACAGUAUGUAGACUAUGCCAUUUAAACCUUUUGCAGAUUUAUUUCCGCAUCCAUGUAUCAGUUCUGAAGCUUCUUUUUAGCAAGUACCCGGAUGUAGAUGUGAGUGUUCUUGAGGAGCACCUUCAGCGAGCCUUGCAAGGACCCUUUCAUCACCCUGAAUUUGACUCUGAUACAGGACCCGGAACCGUAUACAGGACAGAAUCCACUACUUCAGGUUUGUUAAGUCUUUCCUACAUACACCUCAGGUCGGGUUGGAAAAAUAUUACUGUACUCUCCUCUCUGAGGAGAGUGGAAAGAGAGAGAGAAAGAGAGAGUGCUAAUCAUAUGUCCUCUUCUUCUAUUGUGCCGACUUUUUCGUCUCCAUUUUCUUCAUGUUUAUUUUUUCGAGUUGCCUGGGAGGAGGCGAAGGUUUGUUGUUGUUUUUCCCUCUGUAGUCUGUUCACAGACCUUCUAUUUUCCCUUUAGAAAUCAUCGAGCCCGUGUGCAAAAGUAAAAAUGGCGGGGUAUUUAUUGAAGGUUACCGCGAUAUUUUCCUAUUAAUCCUGAUCAGUCAUGUUGCCGGGGUCUGAAGUUAGUUAGACUGCGAGCAAUCUCUUAUUUUCUUCAAAGUCGUUAGGGUAGGACGCGCAAGCUGCGAGCGACGAAGCCGCGAGCCGCGAGAAACGAGAGCGUAAGCCCGAGACGGAAGAAAAAUAAGAGAUCCGUAUUUUCUCGUCUCGCCCCAGUCCCUUUGUGGCUUAAAGCGUUCUCUGUGCCAAAACGCACCAUGGCUGAGAACUCGACGGAUCUUAAGAGAAAAGACAGACUGCUCGCAGUCUAGAAGUUAGUACAUGUUGUAAGAGGAACUGCCGGCACUGCAUGACUUCCAGGGUUUUACUUUCAGUGCUGUCUAGUUUGAGAUUAAAGUCCAUUCACCCAACAAUCCCACUUGGGAUUUUCAAGAACACGAUUGGGCACAUUCUCGCUCCCAGGGACUCUCGUCCCCUAGAAGAGAGACCCUGGGAACGAAGCUGGAUUAGGCAAAACAUCACUUUUUGUCCUGAGUUUGUCCUGUAAUCAAAAUCCACGCUCGCAAUCGUUUAUUAUUAAAGAUAGUCUUAGCGGGCCAAAUGUAAUCUGAUUUGGAUAAUUUUCAGUCGAAGCCUUUAAAUGACAUAGUGGGGGAGAGGAUUUAUGACAUUCAUAUUAUUAUUAUAAUUAUUUUUUAGAAUCGUUUUUGAGCAACGUUUUUGAAGAUUCAAAACAUGGAGAUACUAAGGCCUCCAAGUCAGUUAGUGGAGCGGAUACAGUGACUCUAUCAGAGCCCACACACAAAGAGGACCUUAGUUCUUCAAACGCUAAGAGUGAUGUCACAGAGACAAUAAAAUACGGUGCCGCAGAAACGACAGAGUCAAGCAAGGCGUCAUCUCCUGCUCCGAUUCCAAUGGAAGUGGAAAUGAGUGUUCCGUCUAAUGAUGUGUCUUCUGUGGAGCAGACACCGGAUAGCUCCCAGGCUCCCUCUGCACUUGUCUCCGAGGUGAAAGGACUGGGUACUUAUCAAGCCGCAAUUGACGACUCAAAGAAAAACACGGCGGAGGAGAAGUGCAAGGAAAAUAAAGAAGCAAAAAGUUCUGAACCAAAUGAAUUAUCAGAGAAUAAAUUCUCUAAGCCUUCGAAAGAGGAGAAUUCCAAUGCAAAUGUUAUUAAAUUAGAGGAAACAACCUUAUUCCAAGAAGAAACAGAGAAGUCAGAGACUCCAGAAGUUGAAAAACUUGCCUCUGAUGAAAAACCACACGAAACGACUGAAGUGUUGGUGGAUAGUACAGACACUGAAAUGGCAACUGAGGAAAAAGAUUUCAAGGAGGAAGUGGAUACCAAAAGUGAAAAAAUGGAGAUUGACACGGUAUCUACUGCUACUACAGAGAAUAUCAAAGCAGGUGAAUCCACAGAAACACCAAGCAAUCCUGCGACCUCAACUGCUGACAGCGAGUCAUCGCCUGCUCAGUGCCCUCAAGCAGUGAAAAAUAAGCGUCCGCCAUUAACAGCCGAACAGCAGGCUAAAAAGAAAGAGCUGAUGGAUCGGUGUAUUUAUGCUUUGGGGUAUUGCUUGCGAAGGUUUCCUCAACAUCACAAAUCACGCUAUCGCCUGGCGUAUGUGUACUAUUACUCGCCAGAACAUAAGGUAAUCUAACAACUGCUUUGUGUCAGAAACAUGUGUAGUAAGAACCAUCGAAAUGAUGAAAAGCUCAGACAAAUCAUUUGAAGGUUAGUCUCCCUCGCGACCCUUUAGUUUCGUUACGCAACACUGGAGAGUUGCGUGACGUCAGCCGAGCGCCAGAAUAGAACAUGUAGUAGAAUAUGUAAUAGAACAUGUAAUAGAGCGUGUACGUGUAGUGUGAAAAAUCAUGCUGGCAACGAGGUCGUGAAAAGCGCGGGAAAUACGCGCCAGCAGGGCAAGGUAAACUGCGAUUGGUCGCUAGUUCUGUUGGCGGUAAACCCGAAAUAAAUAUUUGAGAUACUUAGUAUUACUUUUGCGGAAACGGAAAAUAGAUUUCUCAGUCCAGGUAAACUGACAUUUUAUUUUUGCGCAAAUGUUUUUUCUCUUUAGGAGACAAGUGCAUCUCGUGAUUUGUUGUUUGGUAGCAGCACAAGACAGAUCAAGAAAUUUAACUUUCCCCAUCAAGGGGUCUUCAACGAGAAAAGCAAGACAAAUUUGUUCUCGGUGAGUACGUUAUAUACUCUACUGCAUGUCAAAGAUUUUUCUAUACGUAAUUAAGCAUUUCCUUUUUAGAGAAACUUUCCACCGUUUUAUCUCCUGAAUUCCUAUAGGAUGGUUAAAAAGGAAUUAUGAGACAAUUUGAGGUUGACACAGCAUUUGGCUAAGAUAACACAUGCUUUAAGGUGAAGCUACCCAACAAUGUGGCAAAUAUAGCUUUAUACCUACUAUUAUUGUUUAUUUCUCAGUUUUGUUUAUUUUACAGGCAUUUUGGAGAAUUCCUGAAGAGGAUAUUGACAGGUAAAGCAAUGACGAUUUUUCUUGCGGAUCCCUAAAGCUAACCCUACUAUAGUUAAAUCUAUCUUAACGGAAACUUGUAGAGAAAGACACUUCCUUUAAGUUGACACCUACAGUUGUUCCUUGCCGAUCUACAAUCAUUUUCUCUGACACACCACAUGACACACACCCUGCUAAAACAGACACCUAGAUUUGGUCCCUGCCUUUCUUUAACCCUUAUAGUUAACCCUCUAUAAGACGGACAUCUGUCUGAAACGAACACUUGGAGUUUGUCCCUGCCUUACUUUUCUCGUUUCAGUUGACUUUCUCUAAGACACACAUCUCUUUAAGACGGACAAAGUUGACCAUAUAUCUUAUUAGUCAAUGUGACCUCUGUUGAUACCAUGCGGUUCAGCCGAUUAACCACGCGAAAGAAGGUUCCGUCUAAAGUUUACCUUUUCUCUCAAACUUUCUUAUAAGUCAACUAGUUUCUUUACUUUAGAACUCUAUACCCACUAAAUUUUGCAUACAGGAAUGCUUUUCUUUAGCCUGAGCUUUAGUAAGUUAACUAUCUUGAUUUUUGCAAACCUUACUGGUUUGACUGAAACAAGUUCAAGAUUGGUUCCCUCCCAGAUUUCUCCAUUUCUAGUCGUUGUAUAAAGUAGUAUGCCUGUGACCAUGUUUAUUCUAUAAUUUCCCUACAUUCGCCACUUUGAGGUUUCGCAAGAGACCGAGUCAAGAUGAUUGUCAAAGUGCAUUGUGGGACUGUUUUGGGGGACGAAUUUACCGCCUUAUUGAAACGACGUCUCCCAAAACAGUCCCACAAUGCACUUGAAAGCCAUCUCGACCCGGUCUCCCGUGCAACUUCAAAGUGGCCAAUUGAUGGGGUGUAUUUGUUAUGUUUAGGCCGGGGUGCUUCUGUACUCAUACGUACAAGUCAGUUGCCUUGUUACUUGAAGUCUUGUGCGAGUUAAACGAGUGGGACACCCUGAUACUUACCCACAAUCUUCUCUACAGAACACCGGAGCAGGGCAAGUAAGUAAUGUUUUAUUUCUUGUCGGUACCAUUUCUUUAGGUCAACUUUACCAAGAGACUAGAGUAAACGACGGAACUCGAGGAACGAACUGAUUGUACUCGAUGUAAUAUGUCGAACGUCGAGUGGAGAGAGUUGAAAAUAAGAUGCUUAUAUCGCCUCUCAAGCAAAAUGAUUUAAGGGCGUAGUUAAAGGGUCGACAGGAUGAGUAUUAAUGGGUUUAAGGAGCAUAAUUCACAUGAUUGGUGCGCUUUUAACUCCUUGCUUGAACCAAAGCCAUAUAUGUUUUGUUUGCGCCUUUGAAAUCUUCGAAUUCCUCUACACAGACCUUCCUUACUUUCUACUUUGACCUACAAAAUCUCGUUUUUCUUUCCUUUUCCUUUUCCAGGAAAUACCUGAGAGAUAACGAGCGUCACUAUCUAGCAAGAAAGGUGAGAAUGAGAAAAUCACUAUGAAGAAUAUAUUGUAAUAGAGAAUAGGAAACUGUCAAUAUUUAAAUCAGUAAUAUGUCCCUUCUUCCCAAUAUGAAUACAGAAACCAUGCCGUGGGAAAGCUUAGCACUAUCCUAAUGUGGUUAGGCGCAGUACUGCUCCGCGCUUUACGGUAGAAAAUCAAACGAUCAAACUGUUUUUGAAACAGUAAUAAAUUGUGGCGGUUUGGGGUAGCCUGUGGUUUGCUCCCAACUUUGUCUUUCCUACUUAGUAUUAGGGAGUUUGAGCAACGACGUUUUUGAGCGACGACAGUCAAGCGGAAGUGAGUCCUCUUCCCUUUUAAUAAGCCUUGAUGCUACCAAAUUUGUAUGGCUAAGUGUCUUUACUCUGAAAGAUACGAUCUGCUAGAAAAUUUGUUCAAAAUCAUGGCCUAAGACUGCAAAAAGUCCACUUCCGGUCGACGUGUGUCUCUCAAAAACGUCGUUGCUUAAACUCCUGUUCCCAGUACCCACGAGCAUGAAGUUACUGUACACGCGCGAACGUUGCUUCCUUUCAUGUUCUUGCACAAACGGAACUGCUGAAACGGCUUCAGUUUCUAAUGAUGGCUUGCGUCAGUGUAUUUUGUGCCUGUUCGCUCACUGCUUUGAUAAAUGAAUCUAUUUGCAGGCUUUUGAGUAUUCACUGAAAAUCAUUAAAGCACGAGUCUCCGAUCAGGAUCCCAAGGUAAAGUCUGUCUUAUCGUUUUUUUAGUCCAGGUAGUUGUUUAGGGUACGAGUACUUGAUCAACAUUCUUUAGUUGCCGUUGGUCUGCUUACGACCUUUCAUUUUCUAGCGCGGGUACGAAAAUUGAAACCGCGGGGGAUUUGUUGCCUGCUACCGCAAGGGGGGUGGGGUUGUAAGCCAGUCUUAUUCUCUUGUGUACUCUUACUUUAGGCGGGGAUAUCUUCUCUUUCCCAGCUGGUCAUGGACGUGUAUGAGUGCUGGAAAACUGCACAAAAAUACGAGCCGUCUGUAAAGGUAUGUCUUAACUUUGGUAAGCACUUCACUUCCAGAGAAGUAUCCAUUCAUAGCAUUCAUGGCACUUGUGUAUGACAGUAACACGAGAGAAAAGUCGCCUCGUACCUCUAUACUUUGGUCUUAAGUUCGACUGUUUUUGUCAACUUUAGCCUUUUUGAUGCCAACCAAACCACCUUUCACUUUGGUUUGCCAUUCCCCCCUCCCCUGUUUAGCCUGUCGUUAACACGUCUUGCGGAAUUUUUAUCCUACUUCUCACGCAGAAGUCAAAGCAGGGGGACUGAAAUGUUACUUUAUUUUUGUUCUUUUGCAGGUGACGGAAGGUUUGCUAACACAGGCGUUUGAAAUGUUUGUAGCCUCCAAAGUAAGUGAAUUUUUGUUAGAAAGCUGUUAGACUCCCUUUAGUUGCCGUUCCUUUUUCCUUCCAUUUUCCUCGCUAGUGUGUUCGCCAAGCCGGUGGGCGAUAAGAGCGAGAAUGAAUCACUUAUCUCUUUCCAAUGUUUCUGGUCGCAACAGUUCAUACCUUGCCCUUCGGCGUCAUAAGGUAUUUUAAGAGGGAAGCAGAGUUCAAGCUAUCUGUGAAGUAUUAAGGUGAUGUUACUUGGAACAAUUCGCAACGACGAUUUUUAGCGUAACACAGCAUUUCAACAUUGUUGCGACAUUGUUUCGAAUGGUUGCAACGUUGUUGCAACGUUGCAACGCUCUGUUGCGCUAAAAAUUGUCGUUGCAAGUCGUAACAUCUCCUUUAGACUGUCAGCGCUCCCUUAGGAUUGUCAGGCGCGUGAGCAAAUCACGUAAGCGAAAAUACUGCUUACGAAGGGAAACGCCCGCCUCUUCCUUACUUCCUUGUUGCAGGGAUGUCAUAAAUGGCUGGGAGCCGGGGACUUCCCCAACUAAAGUAAGAGAAAAGAAAUAAAGAAAUGCGUAGCUGUUUGAUUCCCCACCUACGAGUUGUAUAAACCCGGAAACUUGAAACAUUAGUGACAGCCCUGCUGUUGGCCCGUUCGCUGUUUCAAGGUCUCUCCAAGCCUGCCCGUUAAGCCACGCGACUGACUGAGAAUGAAUUCUCACAGUCUACUGAAUAAAGUGCAGUAUCCUCGAUCCUUGGUUCGCGAUUGAAUAUACUGCUGGCGGUUUCUCGUGAUGAUGGAUUUCUAAUGAUGCGUUUUGUUGUUUUUCUUGUUCGUAGUCUACGUCAGGAGAAUCACUCGAAUUGAUGGCUGAUAAUUCAGAAUCAUCCUCUUCACUUUUGGAACAGGCUUUAAAAUAUUGCCAGCAGUACGUCAAACCUCAGGUGAUUUUCUGUUCAUGACACGUUUCGUCAGUGCAUAUGCUCUUGAUUGUAGUGCCUUAUUCCAACAGUAAUUGGAAAUACAUUCCUAACGAACGGUCAAGAAAUUUCUAUUCCAAAGCAUUUUUGUGAAUAGUUUGCCCCUCCCUUAAGCCAACAUUUUGCCCUAAGUGAGAAGUAAGUGUUAAUGUUGGCUUAGGGGAGGAGUAGGUGAGCAGUUUCCAAGAAACGUAUGAUGAUAGCUUAUCGUGAUCACAGGGCUCAGUGGAGUCCAAUUCGGUCUGGAAUCAUAAGAGUUAUUAACACUUUUAUACAUGGUACUUACUAUCUGUCUUCUCAUUGGCUUACAGCCGACUGUUAAUUUUGGAAAACAGCGCAACCUUCGCAUUAGUCGGUUAUUUGCUAGCAGAUUACUGACCAACCUGUUGGUUGCGCGCGCAAUGCAUGAUUUCCAAGAGCAAUGUCAAAAUGUGUUCCAUACAAUGCUGUGUUCGUCCUUUUUUCUUCAAACAAUGCUCCUCCUGCACUGCCCUAUUAAUGCCAAUAUCAGACCAGAUGAUAGUCAAUCAUAUAUGAGGAUUUUGUGUUAGGUUAUGAUUAAAGUACAAACUCUUGCCCGAUUAUUGAAAUACAAUAUCGUAGAAAAGUUUUGUAUUGUGAUCGCAGUAAACUAUACUGAUUAACUUUAACAUCGUUUGCCUUACAAGUUUGCCAUCCGUCUUGCGCCCUGCAUUUUAGCGCGUCUUGUCAAAGAGGAUGACAGAAGCGUCUUGAUGUGCUAGGUGGUUGACAAUAACUUUUCCUGUCCCUCUGUUUCCAGACGUCAUCAUCCAAUACUUCAAUCUUAAAUCAACCGAAAGGAUCAUCUGGAACCGACACAGGUACUGAUCUAACUUCGGGCUCCGAUACCGAAGCCGCUCCAACGACGUCAGAGCAAAUGUUGUCACCUCAAAGAACAAAAAAUGAACAAAAUAGUUUAGUAGAGGUGACAAAGAAAGAACCAGCAAAAAAUGCGGAAGAAUCUCUGAAAGAUUUACCAGCCGAUUCUCUUUCCGAAGAAGAACCGAUAGACAAAACAUCAACCGAAGACGUGUCUAAAGUCGGUGAAGCGUUACCUUCGGAAGAGGCUCGGGUGUCACAGCACUCGACAGGGGACUCCAGUACUGUGGUGCGUGAAAGUGAAACUAUAGUCCUAGUUGAUAAAGAUGCCACCUCUAACCCUCCUGAGAGGUGCCAGUUGUCGGGGGAAUAACCAAACUAUUUAAGGUCCCCUCAGCUGCAGUCCGGUGUAAAUAUGUGGGUCAAUUGCCCCUGUUGAUCUUGGGAGCGCAGUUUUUAUGGAAGGAACUUAAAAUCAAGUAAAUCAUAAUGGUAUAUAUGUGCAUUAAACAUGUUGAUAAUAAACUGCUGGCGACUUUUCAAAGCCGUUUUCCUGCAACUAGGAAAGUGAGAAGCCAUCAACUAAACGAUAAGCGAAAGUUAUCCUCCACCAAAAAUCGAUCCCAAAAAAUUUUACGCUAUAUUGUAGAUUGAUCUAUAUGUUAUCCAUGCUAUAUGUUAGACUUACGAUCAAAGUAAAGGUGGGAAUACCAGAGAGCUUCAAAGUAGGAUGGUACACUCACAAAGUAACUGGGUCGAGUCACCUUAAAAGACUGGUUGUUUCGCCCGUAUAAUAUUUCUGUAUUCAGACCUCACUUUGGAGUCUGCAAAUCCCAGCUUGAAAACGUGGUAGAAUACUAGUUUUAGGGCGAAAAAGCUUAAAUAGCGUAAAAUUAGAUUAAAGCUUAAAAUGCAUAAAACGAGAAAACGGGCACUUCUUCGUGACCCGAGUGAAACGUCGUACAAAGUUGACCUCGCUUUAGGGGGACGGUUUAAUUUAAAUGAAGAUAUGAUCGUCAAAUUAACCCGACUGUUCAACUGCACACUGGAUACAUUUUACUAGUGAGUAAGUUAGCGUGACUGCGUGUAAAGGUAGAAGACAACAAGGUGGUAAUCGUCGACACUAUUAAGAAGCGAAAUGUCGCGUGGAGAGGAUGUUUCAGGCUUUAAUAUUGAAUUUGAAUCGAUCCUGGUAUGGAGAGGGCGAACAGUCAAUCCUCCUCGCGUCAGGUUUCUAGUUUUGUCGAAAUUGACAGUUCUCUGAAUUUAAAUUCUUUUUACACUCGACUGAAACAGAGGGGACACGUUCAAAAACAUUUAUCGAAUAAGGGAAGGGAUUCAUUUUUCUUUUGCCAAAAAAAAGACCCUCAUUAUUGCCAAUCAAAAUUAGAGACGUGAUGAACAGAUCGUUACUUUUAAAUGACAGUUAAAUGGAGAGAUUUCAUUUUGAAGCAUUGCGUUGUGUCUCUCACUCAUUACGUAAUACAUGAUUUGUGGGUGUGGAGGUGAGGAGAGAUGGGGAGGAAACAAAUAUGGCCCCUUAUCGAGAUAAACGGUACCACACUUUAAGCAAUGUAACUAGGAAGGCUAAAAACUUUACGUCCAGCCGAGGUAAAUAGGCUGAUUUAGCAACAGGACGGGAACGUCGGUUGACGACGGGAAAGCGCGCGGAAAGGACUAACCACGAUUUCUGUGUCCA